AUGUCAAGCAAUAAUACACAUUACUACGACGACAGCCAUCCACCACAGUACUACCAGGGCACCGACAACUUUGAAGGGGACGAGGAAGACGAGAUGCCGGCUACAGAGAAGGACCUUGCCGAGGAUGCGCCAUGGAAGAAAAUACAACAGAACACUUUUACCAGGUGGUGCAACGAGCACCUCAAGUGCAUCAACAAGAGCAUCCCCGACUUGCAAAAGGAUUUAGGCGACGGUUUAAAGCUUAUCGGGCUUCUGGAAGUUCUGAGCCAGAAGAAGAUGUACAGAAAGCACCACAAUAGACCCAAUUUCAGACAGAUGAAACUGGAAAAUGUGUCUGUGGCUCUUGAAUUCUUGGACAGGGAACACAUCAAGUUGGUGUCUAUUGGUAAGUGAUAAUUGAGCUUUUGGGGCAAUGUUUUAUUUAUUAUUAUUCAUCUUUGAGAGAGAGGGAGAGAGAGGGGCUGAGAGGGAGAGGAGGAGAGGGAGUUCAAUCUGGACAGAGGGAAUAACAGAACAGAACAACACCUGCCUCUUAUUCAUUUUAACAAAAUAUAUCAAAAUAAUAGCUUUUUUACUGAUUCAUAAAUCAAUUUUCUUUAGGUUACAAUAUAGACUAUACAGAAAUGAAUUCAUUAAUUAUUAAUUAAUCAAUGGAUAUACAUGAAUUAUAGACUGUCAGCGUCAUUUCAGAAAAUAUUUGUACUUCACAUAAUACACAGUAGAGUAAUAAUAUGUGUUUACACAAUAGUGGAUCUUAGAUUGACGACCACAUAUUAUUGAGAGACCGAUUUGAAUCAUUCAGCUGAGUGACUCAGCCUGAGUCUAAACAUCCAUCCAUACUACAGUAUUAUGGCACCUCUGUAAAUCCAGUUUGCAGUAGAGGUGCCUGGGUAAAAUCGCUGAGGAAGCCAAGCCAAGCCAGUAAAAAAGCCAUAUUAUGUUGUGAUAAUUAUGUUGUUUGCUCUAUAACCCAUUCGUUCAUACGCCACCGUGAAAUACAAUAAGGCCUAGACAACAAAAAGACAGCAGUCACACAGUGACAACAGCACAUACGUUUGUUUCAUCUCAAAACCGGAGAGCAACAUCUGUCCAGUGAAGUCCAUAAAGCAAAUAUUCCAUGUAACAAACAGUUAUAUCACCUGCAGCAUGGUCAAGGAAGAUUUUGAACCACAGAGUUACCGCAAGUCAGCACGUAGACAACAGGAGCACUGCCUCCGGUAUUCCAGCACCAUUUCAACUUAAACAUUUAAACAUCAUCAAAUCAACAACACUAUACAUGCUUAGUUUUAUACACUGAAAACAAACUUAAAGAUACCAAAAACAAUUUAGUCCAAUCAAUGUUGCUAAAUAUCAUGUGGCUGGCCAUGGCACUGAUUUCUCUGUGUGUGUGUGUGUGUGUGUGUGUGUGUGUGCGUGCACGUGAAAGUAAAACAAAACGGUCUACAGCUCUGUCAUACAGUACACUUUCAGUUUUAGUUGUCAUAGGCUACCUAGCUAAAAUGUUUGCUAGCCUAAAUUCCUUGCAUGGGCAACAAUGAACCAGCUAAGUUAGCUAGCUAGUUAACGUGAGCCUACUAAGCUACAUCUAAGCUACAUAUUGAACUUCAAUCAUCUCAGGCCAGUGGCACAACAUAUUAAUUUAUGGUUAGAUCAGAAUCGCCAUUAAAAUCAUUGGCCUGUACAGAGAAUUAAGUCAUCCAUGGCUUAGGAAAUUGACUUUAAGGACUGGACUGUAAGUGGAAGCAAUGAAGUGGGGGGCGGCAGGUAGCUUAGUGGUUAAGAGCGUUGUGCCAGUAACCGAAAGGUCGCUGGUUCUAUCCCAGAGCCGACUAGGUGAAAAAUCUGUCGAUGUGCCCUUGAGCAAGGCACUUAACCCUACUUUCUCCUGUAAGUCGCUCUGGAUAAGAGCGUCUGCUAAAUGACUAAAAUGUAAUGUAAAUGAAAGAGCUGAUUUAGCAAGCUAGCUACUGCAGGACAUCAACACAAGCUGACCAGAAACAGACAAGUUUUUCUGAAAAUUAUAUUUAGCUUAGGAAGUGAUUUGAUUGGUGUGAAGCCAAAUCCAAACUGGCCUCCCUUGGGGGGCGUUAAGCUGCAUCAGGAUAACCCACAGUUGAGCUCAGCUCAACGCUGAUUGGCUAAUUAUUUUAUAAAAAUGUUUAUCAAGGGAGGCCAAAUGCUUGCUGGCAUCAAUCAAUAAAAUGCUACGGCGGUAACAUGUUAUACUCUUUUGGUCCAGACAGCAUCAGAUACAUGGGCUACACAUACUAAGACAGAGGGGAGCUGUUUCCCUCGCUCGGAUGAUUUCUCCAGUGAGAUUCAGCCACUUGCGAAUUUACGGAAAAUUAUAUAAAAACACAGAGAGAGACAAUAUAUACAUUUACAAUUUUUUAUUUUGUAAAACAUUUUUUAUUGGUCAAAUAUUUGGGGGGGCCUGGCUUCCCUUGGCAUCCAUGAAUACACACCACUGCCCGUUUGUCAGGUGCUCUACUGAUGCAUGACUUUCACAAAGUGGGCAUGGGUCAGUCAUCUCUCUGGAAACUCUUACAGCAGAGGUGCCAUUGAGAUCACUGCCCCAUGUCAGGGCCAAGACUGAAGCCAUCCAUCCUGGACUCUCAAGGUUGCAAAUGUUUUACUCAAACUACUGUGGUAGGCAGUGGCAGGCCAUCGCUCUGGGCUCUGGAAAUUCAGCAGGACCAUGUGAAUGAGAAUGACACACAACGAUGCUGUGCACGCGUUCACAGACAGACACACACAACACACACACCCCUAUCACUCUGCACACACUCCACACCUCAUAAUCACACUCACUAAAGGUCAGAGGAGUGAAGCCAAGGGUUAAAGGGACAGGAAAUGGGUUUAUGUCGACAGCCACUAACUCUACGGCCUGCUUAACACUAAAGUAGCCUGCUGGUCCCAGAUCAGUUAGGGCUGUAUAGCCAAAUCCUAUGGUCAUUGUUUUGUAUAUCAGAGGAAUUAUGAGAAAGAUGAUAGGAGUUGGCUAUAAUGCAAAAACUGAUCUAGGACCAGGCUAGCUUAACAGUGGGUGCAUGGCCAGAAUCCUCCUGGGAUAGUGUGGAGGUUAUGAGGUGAGGUUUAGGCUGGCUGAAUGCAUGUGCGAUGUGUUAGGGAUAAUCAUAGAGGUAGCUAAACCCUGGGAUGAGUGAUUGAGGCAUAGAUGCUGAACCUUGGACUCUGUGGACCCUGUACUCCCUUAGCAGCAGCCACUAGAUAGACAUAGACACAUACAGUACUUCAAGUGGGCAGAGCUGGUUGCAAUAAUGUCAUUUUAUACUGGACAGGUUGUGUACUGGUAGAAUAAGCAGGGGACACACUUAGCAGUGGCUUUAGAUAAACAGUUAUCUCGGUUAACCCAGAGCUAAAAUCUUGCGUAACGGGACUAUGAGAAGAAACGGGACUAUAAGAAGCCUAGCUAGCGUUUUCCAGCCUCACAUUUCACUUAGGAGAAGGGUUAUUAAACCCAUGACAUUGGUGACUGAUUACUCUCCCCACAAGGCCCAGUGAAAUUCCCAGUGUAACCGUCGCUUUGAGCGUGUGGUUGUAAAGGGCACGGCAUGUGUGUCGUGAUGCCCAGGGGGACUCUCUAUGGAGAGCGACGGACCUCAUGCCUCUGGAAUGUCCCAGCAUCCUGCAGUAUAGUGUCAGCAAAGAGGUUAGGGGUCAUUCACACAAUGCCCACCUCGAAGUGAGUGUGUUGGGGAGUGACAGGCGGAGAAGGUGUCCAUACUUUCGACCUUGUCAGCUUGACAGAAACGGGACACGAUAACAGCAGCGCUGUCAUUCCUCUCCUGACGUCUGCCUCUUGAGACUUGAUGCAGCAGCACCAAGCCCCGGGUGAACAGUGAACACAAGCCUUUAAAUAACGUUUCUGUGUUGUCACAGCAACCUACGGAUACUAAAUGAAUUGAUACUGAGCACGUCACUGGCACACACUUUUUGCCAGAUGACUGUUUGACCACAUGGCACAUGGCUGUCCAUAAAACCUGAUAUGGCAGUAUUAAAACCACAUAAAGCCAUGCAGCCCCUCCACCACACCACACACCACAUGCCACAAAACACCUCCACUGGCGUAUGCCAGUCAGUAUAAUGGGCCUUAUCAAAUAGGGCCCAUUAGAAUAAAUAAUCAUAGACUCAGAAAUAAACAACUCACAUGACCAGCCUCUCCACUUGAUAUUGCCUACUAAUUGUCUACUGAUUGGUUGAUGAUAUCAUUGGAAACACUUACACUGAGUAUACCAAACAUUAGGAAAACCUUCCUAAUAUUCAGUUGCCCUCAGAACAGCCUCAAUUCAUCGGGGGAUGGACUCUACAAGGUGUCGAACGCAUUCCACAGGGAUGCUGGCCCAUGUUGACUCCAAUGCUGUGUCAAGUUGGCUGGAUGUCCUUUGGGUGGUGAACCAUUCUCGAUACACAUGGGAAACUGUUGAGCUUGAAAAACCCAGCAGCGGUGCAGUUCUUGACACAAACCAGUGCGCCUGGCACCUACUACCAUACCCAGUUCAAAGGCACUUCAAUCUUUUGUUUUGCCCAUUCACCCCCUGAAUGGCACACAUACACGGUCCUUAAUGGUUUGUAUACUCACUGUAUCUUCCUCUAUCUUAUUUACUACUAAACAUAGAAACCUGCCAUUUUCACAUAUGUUGAUGUUGGGGUGGUGCUGGAGAUUAUGAAUAUGAAGUUGAAAAAUUUCCCUUAUAUGUAUAUGGAAUGUAUUAGCCUUUUGCACAAUGGUUUUGGAUACACUUUACUCUCUCCAGUUUAUUGUCUACUCUUAAUCAAAGUAAGAUGUUAUUGUUUGGUUUAUGUAUAGUCUGUGAGUGUGGUUAGUUUUUAAGAGGUACCAAGAUAAUUGACUAUUCUAAGGAUACACUGGUUAAGUUUGUUGGCAUGAUUACUGGUCUUUUUAUUGUCCUACUACUUAGUGCAUCUUCCUGGAUUUAUCGCAAACUAAAGGUAACUGAUUUUCCAAAGUACUUUCAAAGCAAUUGAAAUCCGAGUGCUGUUGACUUUGGGAAGGAUUCCAUAUCAACAUACUGUAUGUCCUCAGCUGUUGAGCUGUUGUUGUCUCUGGUGCCCAACCAUGUCCAUUGAAUCUGUCUGUCUGUAUGUGGAAUACCAGGGAUACUCAGUCACUCUCCUGUUGGAGAGGAGUGUCUGGGGUGGGGUGAGAGAGUGGAAGUCAGGUCAGACUUGAUAGAUGUGAUAGUAAGUCGCUCUGGAUAAGAGUGUCUUCUAAAUGACUAAAAUGUAGAUGUAAUCUCAAGGCCAUUUUGUUUAUCUAAAGACUCAGAUACCAAACAGUCUAUUUGGUCUGAGAAAAAACCAUACACGUAACAUUGCUUGUUGCCAUGAUGAAUGGGAACCCAAAUCUGAUCCUAGAUCUGUGUUUCUCUCCCCUCCAGACUCCAAGGCCAUCGUGGAUGGGAACCUGAAGUUGAUCCUGGGUCUGAUCUGGACUCUGAUCUUGCACUACUCCAUCUCCAUGCCCAUGUGGGAGGACGAGGACGAUGAGGAGGCCAAGAAACUGACCCCCAAGCAGAGGCUGCUGGGAUGGAUCCAGAACAAGGUGCCUGAGCUGCCCAUCAACAACUUCCACCGAGACUGGAGGGAUGGCAAGGCCCUGGGAGCCCUGGUAGACAACUGUGCCCCUGGUUAGUUCAUGUGGAUUUCUUGUUGCCCGUAUAUGUCCUCAGAACACACCUCCCUCCCACACACAAUACUCUCCCAUGGGAACUUUAGUUACUGGUAGGAGAAUAUCUCUUCAUCAGAACACAGUCACAUACAAAACAUCACAAAUGCUCAAGAUAUCAAUUUCUGGUCGAGGCACAAAUCCUUGUAACAACUCGCAAUGCUCAAGAUACCAAUUUCAAUUUGAGGCAGAAAUCCUAUGUAACAUCUCGCAAUGUUAAAGAUACCAAUUCCAAUUUGAGGCAGAAAUGUUUGUAACAUCUUGGUAUGGUCAAGAUACAAAUUUUUGGUCGAGGCAGAAAUUCAGUGUAACAUCUCGGUAUGCUCAAGAAACCGAUUUCCCUAACUGUGCCCCUGGUAAGAACUGACUCCGGAACAGUUUGGUGCUAGUUAAUGUGACUAAAGGAGAAUGGUAGAUCCCUGGUAAGUGCUGUGCCAGGUCAUCUCAUCUUCCAUCAGACACAUGGCUGGGAAGUUACUGUGGUGAGAUGUCAGGGUCAGCUAUGAGUCAGUUGUUGUAUUCAAUACGGUAUCACUUACACAGCCUGGCAGUGGCAGUAGGCCUCGGUGGCCCUGUUUAGCCAGUGGGACAGAGAGAGAGGAAUACAUUACAUUUACAUUUUAGUCAUUUAGCAGACACUCUUAUCCAGAGCAACUUACAGUUAGUGCAUACAUUAUUUUAUUUUUUUCAUACCCCCUGUGGGAAUCAAACCCACAACCCUGGCGUUGCAAACGCCAUGCUCUAUCAACUGAGCUACAUCCCUGCCGGCCAUUCCCUCCCCUACCCUGGACGACGCUGGGCCAAUUGCGCGCCGCCCCAUGGGUCUCCCGGUCACGGCCAGCUACGACAGAGCCUGGAUUCGAACCAGGAUCUCUAGUGGCACAGCUAGCACUGCGAUGCAGUGCAUUAGACCACUGCGCCACUCGGGAGACGCGUGACAGAGUGACAGAGACAAGGACAGAGAGAGAGGGAGGGAGAGAGAGAGAAGAGAGAGAUUGAAAAAUCAACAGAGAGAGAGAGAGACAGACAGACAGAGAAAGACAGGAGAGAAAGAGCUCUAGGACGUCCCUGCCAGCUGUCCCAGACUAAGUGAAGGAGCUCUCUUCAGACUCCCCACACAACACCCCCAAAUUUGGGCACGAUUCCUCUUCAUCUGUCAAGGGAGAUGUGCUUAUAUGCUUGGCACGUCUUUAAAAAGCAGGCCGUUCUGUGCUAGAGACUGAUGGCACGAGGAAAAGCUUUGGAGCAGGAGUGGAGAUUCACAGAGAUGACUCGUCGACUUGAAACGCCUCCAAUUUGACCAGAAGUUACAGCACACUCUGACCCUCUGACAUGCAGCUUUAAAAAGUCUCCUUUUUGAGUUAUAGAACAGAGAGAGGAGUCUAGAACACUGUGGUUGAAUGUUUACAUGACGUGAUACAGCGGCUUUCAAACACCUAACUAGCUACAGAUGAGACCAUACAAGGCCCUUGUUCCUUACUGAACAUGUAAUAGCAUUUAGGAAGUUGACAAAUCCUGCCCUGCUCAAGUCGUUAGAGUUAGUUUGUAAUGUAUCUAUACUUUACAGACAUAGUUUUGGUACAGCAGGAGAAAUCAGGUAGAACAAGAGUCUUCCCCUCCUUUUUUUUAGAAAGUAUUUCUUGUGUAUGCCUGACAAUAUUCUUCAGUGUCCAAUUGAAAUGUAAUAGAAUUGAAAUAUCAAUAUGGGUGGAGGAGGCUGGGCUUAAGUCCAAAGCUGAAAUCACCUGCAACUUGAAACAUGAAUGUUUUACUUUGGCGAAAUGUCAGACAUUAGUUCCACUGUCGUAAUGCAUUCCUUUCAGAAGACCCACCCGUCCUCCCUCCACCCAACAAUUGCUGACUUUUUAAUCACAAUGUUAUUCUCAGUUACGGUGAAUAACUAUGACAUAAUGAAUGUCCUCAAUGUCCAGCGUCAGAUCAAUGUAAUGUAAACGUUGUUUAAACGUCACAGUAACGUUACAGUAACACAGCAGCUCCACGGCGUCAAUAAUAACGUCAUAAUAAACUCCUGUUGCGCUCUGGGUUCUUUGAGUCAGUGAACUCACUGCAUCGCCAACAGCUAAUUAAGCAUUAGCAGCACAAGGCACGUAAGCACAUAGAAAUAGAAUUACAUUGCGGUCCACACAUCAUAGACCCAUUGACUUGAAUGGGAAUGCUCAUUCUAGUAAGUCUAUUUCUAGUGUUUAGCCUGUCUGCUUUAGCCCUCAGUGUCCGGCAGGGAAAGUGAAAGGACGUCUGUUGCUUUCGUUGUUUUGAAAUCGAAGCACUUCCAUUGAGGACUAGCUAUACACCUAUCUAUACAAACUGGAGCAGAGCAGCGUGGGUAAAUACAUGGUCUCACAGGGUGGUAGGGUGUUAGUAGUAAUUAGUAGGAGGGUAGUAAUGAUGAUAAUCUUAGUUGUUUCUGUAACCAGAUAAGACACUGUUAUGUAAUUGUUAGCGGAUGCCAUCUUAACCCUGAUUCUAUUCUAAAACUCCUGUCUCUCCCUCCUUCUUCCCUCUCUACUUCUCUCCCGUCGUUUCCCUCUCUCUCUCCCUGUAGGUCUGUGCCCUGACUGGCAGGCCUGGGACCCUAACCAGCCUGUGGAGAAUGCCAGAGAGGCCAUGCAGCAAGCUGACGACUGGCUGGGCGUGCCCCAGGUAAGACACACUACUCUGGGGACAACUGUCCACGGAAAGCCCCUUGAGGCUUGUCAGAUUUGUAGUUUAACAUGUGAAAAUGCAAGUUCACAUGUGAAAGUAAAUCACAUGUAUAAAUCACAUUUGCAGUUUCAUAUGUAAGAAAACUCCACAUGUGAAAAUCUCACUUUCACAUAUGGAAUUGCAUUUUCACAUGUAAAAAUCACAUUUACAGUUUCACAUGGAAGAAAACUCAAAUGUGGUGGUGAAAUAGCGUUAUUCUCCUCACACGUGAAAAGGUGGUGUUAACAUGUUGCAGUAGCAAUGUUAUGUAAUGCCAUUCUGGAAGAAGGUAACUUAGCCUAACUGAGUAUAAUAAUUAAAGUGCUUUAAAAAUAAUGAUUUCUUAUUUCUGAGCCAUCCAUUUGGAGUGUUACUCCUGGCAGGCAAACUCUCUUUUUCAUACAUUGGUCAGUGACCGUUGGAAGAAGCCCAGUGAAGAGAAGCUAGCGCUCCGUGUCUCCUUAUUUACCCUGUUUAACAUGUAAAACUAGUGCUGUCAGAGUUAAUCAGUUAACUCAAGUUAGCUUUUUGUAAUUUAAAGCUAAAAACAACAAUGAAACUUUGAGGUUGAGUUUGAGGUUAAAGAAAGUGUGUUUAUCAAUUUACCUGAUUUUGCUAACUGUUACUUUGGACAAAAAUAAGAAGUCAAUAUUCUUGUAAUGCUUUUUGUAUAAGAAAUCUUAAAUUAAUUGUGAUUAAUCACAACAAAUCCUGCAAUGAAGUCAACUUCAUUUUUUAAUCAUUUGACAGCCCUAGUUGACAUUAAAAUAUAAAAAUGCACAUGUGAAAGUGUAGUGGACAUGAGAAGACCUGGGUUCUAAUCCCACCAGUUAUAAAAGCACACAUGAGAAAUGUAUAUUAUCACAUGUGAAAUGUUGGGAAACCACGUCUGUUUUUCAGAUGUGAAAGAUGUAUGUGAAAUGUCACACAUGUCCGAAAACCACGUGUGUGACUUAUGAAAAUGUCACCUGAUUUUUUUUUUUGUAGAUAAAAAAAUAUAUAGGUGACAUUUUUAUAGGAUUUGUUCACACACGGAUUCACACGUGUCCGAAAACCACAUGUUGUUUGUAAGGGCACAUUGUGGAGCUAGUGAAUGAAAUGUAAUGGAUGUUUUGGUUAACACAGGGACAAUACGUGACAAGGUGUCUUAUACUGUCUACUAUGUUUCACUUUUACUGUAGAUGUAUUUCUUUGAGUGUUGAGUAGGUGCAUGAUUAUAGCCUUGCUUAUAGAUUGAGAUGCUGAGGUGUAGAUUUGCCAAAUUCAUUUCCAAGACUGACACUGUCAAAUGUACUAUUUGAGUGGGUGUUUAUCUACUUGUUCACUUGUUUAUCUGAUACACCGCGUGCAUAGUCUCAGUGAAACGGCAAUUCGUGACAUGGCAUCACCCUAGGGUGUAUAUUGAGCUGGCCUAGGGUGUAGAUUGAGCUGGCUUAGGGUGUAGAUUGAGCUGGCCUAGGGUGUAGAUUGAGCUGGCCUAGGGUGUAGAUUGAGCUGGCCUAGGGUGUAGAUUGAGCUGGCCUAGGGUGUAGAUUGAGCUGGCCUAGGGUGUAGAUUGAGCUGGCCUAGGGUGUAGAUUGAGCUGGCCUAGGGUGUAUAUUGAGCUGGCCUAGGGUGUAUAUUGAGCUGGCCUAGGGUGUAUAUUGUAUUGAGCUGGCCUAGGGUGUAUAUUGAGCUGGCCUAGGGUGUAUAUUGAGCUGGCCUAGGGUGUAUAUUGAGCUGGCCUAGGGUGUAUAUUGAGCUGGCCUAGGGUGUAUAUUGAGCUGGCCUAGGGUGUAUAUUGAGCUGGCCUAGGGUGUAUAUUGAGCUGGCUUAGGGUGUGUAUCAUAGUGAGAGAGAGCCUUGGGUGUCAUGGAUUCCCAGGCCCCAGGCCUAGGGGGCUGAAUUCUCCCCGGGCUGAGGGCUGUCUUGUGAGCUGUAGAUGAGGUGUGGGAGAGUGCUUGGCUCUGGGCUAAAUCAUGGUUUACUGAGGCCACAGUCGUUAACCCUGCUGUACUGGGGUCAAGAUAGACAGAGAACUUUACACCACACUGUGAUAUGGCCAACAAACAGGGAGGGAGGGAGAAAGAGGGAGUGGAGGAGGAGGAGGGAGACAAUGAAAUAGUAUAGAAAUAGUAUCUAUGCAAUGUGGAAAUGUGCCUUCACAUUGGUAUACAGAACACACAAACAAUAGAGAAAUCAAAUGUAUUUUAUGCCAUUUCUUAAAGACUAUUUACAGUAAAGACCAGACAACAACUUUAAGGGUGAAUACAUAUGUGCUUUGAUCUAUUCUCCCCAUGGGGCAAAAGGGUUUAAGUCAAGUAAGACAAUUGUGGCUAUAUUGACCCCUAACCCAGUGUUUCCCAACCUUUUUUUAACCGUGGCACACCUUGAUGGGAUAAGAAAUUCUGCGCCACACCAAAAAUUUCCCUAUUAAUUAAUUUAGUGGUAAUGACCUCCUUCUCAUCAGAUCCAUACUGCAAAUCCUCUAUUUUCUGUGACAAUUUUUUUUUUACAGAUUAAAUUGUGUUUAUUUGAACUAUUGUCAUAGUUCUUUACUCAUGAUGAUUAAUCUGUGUGUACCUCUUUAAGAGCGUCCGGUGAAUCCCCACUAGGAAGAUAUUUGUUUAGCUCUGGUAAAAAAGGUAUUUCGUUUUUAACGGUUUGGGCUACAGACGAGCGGUUUUGUGCAUUGGGGUGCAAUCACGGACACAAAGCGUUUGUUUUGUUACAGCUAAGCCUAAUCAGACUUGCCUGUGCUAAUGGUUCUCACAGGCAAAGUAAAAUGAUAGCCUACAAAUGACUUUGCUCAUGAUGCGCUCCCCUCAAAUGAUAACGUAACAACAGCCUGAGCGCACCAGACUUGAAACAGCGAUACAGACGUAACCAUAUACCAUUCAAUGUAUUAUCUGAGCGGUACUGUUACUCCCAAGUCAAAAUUCCAUAUGCAUUCCACAGGAGUGUGAGUGUUCCAAAAAACUAUCAAGAUCAGGAAACCUUUCGCGGCACUCCUGAGUUCCUCAAGGCACCGGUUAAAAACUACUGCCCUAACCCAUGACCUUCUGCUUGUUGACUAGGUAACUAACCUUUCACGCUCUCCUUGUGGCCUAGGUGAUCAACCCUGAGGAGAUUGUAGAUCCGGAAGUGGAUGAACAGUCCGUGAUGACCUACCUGUCCCAGUUCCCAAAGGCUAAACUGAAGCCUGGCACUCCCCUCAAACCUAAAGGGGUUCAGCUGUACCCCAACAAAGCCAAGGCUUACGGACCAGGUGGGUACCACUGGGAUAGGGACCAUACUUUAGCACAGUGGUGUGUUGAAUCUAGCACUGAUUUUGUAGAUAAAGAAAAUGUUACUUGCGUAAGUCUUGAGGUUGUUUUACCUACUUUAUUGAAUGCACUGAUUGUAAGUUGCUCUGGAUAAAAGCAUCUCCCCGAUGACUAAAAUGUAAAGUAAUGUAAGUGAAUCAGGAUCUCUGAUAAGCAUUAUGUAUUGUUUCAUAUACUGCCCAUAGACUCAAACACCUCUAACGCUCUAUUUUCCACAUAUUUUUCCUAUCUAUAAAUUCUGCUGGAAAUUCAUGGACAUUGGACAAUAAAGUGAUAUUCCUCUCUCUCCCAUAGGUAUUGAGCCCCAUGGAAACAUGGUUCUGAAGCCAGCAGUGUUCACAGUGGAAACUCUGGAGGCAGGUCAGGCUGAGGUGCUGGUGUAUGUCACGGAUCCUGAGGGACACACUGAGGAGGCUAAGAUUGUCUUCAACAACGACAAGAACAGGACCUACACCGUCAUUUACAUCCCCAAGGUUGAGGGCGCCCACAAGGUAACUGAUCACUACCAUCAAUGUCCCAUGUAGAUGUAUUUUCCUUAACUUUACAUUCUUACUUGACUUGACUUUACUAUACACACAUCUCAUCAUCACAAUAUACUACUAGCCCAUUGGAACUCUUUAAAGGAAAACUUAAAGGCCCAAUGCAGUCAAAAUCAAUUGUUUUGUAUCAUAUUGUACAACAGCUGAUGAAAUUAACACUUUAAAAGUGUGAAAAGAUUUGAUCAGUGUUAUUUCCUGAUAGUUGCUGGUUGAAAAUACAAUCUACACAGGACCUUCUAAUCACCAGGUUUGCAUGGGCAGGAGGUUUGGCUUUCCAUGGUGACAUCACCAUGCAGUAAAUUGGUUAAUAAACCAAUAACAAAGUUCCAAACCUCUGCCAAUAACAGCUAGUUUUCAGUUUUUCCCUCCCCACUCACACCACUCCCAGACUGUCUAUUUUUGCCCAUUUUAAUGUAAAUCUAUUACAGUAAGCUAAUGAAUGGUUACCCACAAACUAUUUGAAUUAUUAUUUUAUUUUUUCAGUCUGCAUUGGGCUUUUAAAGGAACAUUUUACUGGUUCUCUCCUCAGGUGAAAGUGCUGUUUGCUGGGCAGGAUAUUGAUAAGAGCCCCUACACAGUGAAAGUGGCCAAGGCCAUAGGUGAUCCCAGCAAGGUCCAGGCCAGAGGACCAGGGCUGGAAGCUACCAGCAACAUGGCCAACAAACCCACCUACUUUGACAUCUACACUGCAGGUAAGGAGUGAGGACACACCAGACAAGGAAAACAUUAGUAGCAGUGAUCAGAUGAGUUCCUUGCAAAACUGGUAAAACUAGAGAAGGAAUUUACUGAGAGGGCCCAAAACAAUGUUCCACGUUUCCUUGUUUUGAUCACAUGGUUGGUUAACAGUGUUUUGAUUGGUGUCUUCCUGUUAUCCUGUCUAGGUGCUGGUAAUGGUGAUGUGAGUGUUGUCAUCGUGGACCCUGAGGGGAAGAAAGACACAGUGGAACUGAUCUUGGAAAACAAGGGGGACAGUGUUUUCCGUUGCACCUACCGGCCCAUGUUGGAGGGCCCCCACACCAUCCACGUCCUGUUUGCCGGUCAGGAGAUCCCUAAGAGCCCCUUCAAGAUUCAAAUCGCAGAGGGUGAGUUAGCACUGAGCCAACUGUCACUAACAGUCACCAACUGCCACUACACAAAUUACUGUUGUUGACACUACUGUCGCAUUGUGUCAUUCCGUUGUUGAUCUAUCACUCUCUAGUUCCACAGUUGUUUCAAUCACUCGCCGCAGCCAACAUGUCACCACGACGACGACCAGUCAGUGUUAUGUUGAAGUUCAACCAACCUCCUGUCUGUGAUUUUUAGCUCCUCCCUCUAUCGUGGGUCCUCUUCCAGUUCAGAUAAUCCCCCUGUCUGCCUUCACCUCUCCCGGUGGGGAGAAGGGCCCAGAGGGCAAGAAGGGGGGUGUCCUUACCCCCAGAGGCAGACCAAGUUAGUAUGGGUUGUCUAGGUUGAGGCCUGCGCCCGUUGUGCCCACUGGUAUGCUAGCCGGUCCCCACCAUCCCUAUGCACAAUGUCUUGUGCCCUAUGCCAUUUGCCCUAUGUCCUGCAGAUGCCCUGUAUGCUUCCUGUGACAGGGGCAAUGCCAUGCCCUCUGAGGGCCAAGAAAGAGUGCCUUGCUUGGGCGGUUGCUGCCUUGCCUGUGGCAGCUUGAUGUUGGAGACAGAUAUCUCAUACAUCUCUAUUAUGUAGCGAAGUGAAUGUUCUUAACUUGUAGGAAACUUUCCAGGAAAGUGAUUUUAGUCUAAGUGAGUCAGUGCUUCCCAGAUUGCAUUAUGAAAUGUUUUGGCUUGUUGUGUUUCCUUGAUUUUUGGGUUAGCGUUCCUAGGUUUCAUUGCUUCAAACUAUUAAGUAUAACCAAGCCUGCAAUCAAUGUUUCUAUUAGACUGAAAUGUUGUUAAGUCAGUUGAUGCCUGGAAGCUCCAUUAAUUUGUUCAUGCUGCAACCAAUACAUUAUUGUUUUGAUAUAUGUGUAUUAUACAAUGUGAGUGUACUACAUUCAGCAUUGUGCUAUUCCUAUACUGCAUUGUGUCAAAGUUCAAAUCUGGUAUCCUAUGGAAUUGAUUGACUGAUUAUGUUAAUUGUCCUUAAUGAGGAAAUUCAUUACAGCAUCUUGCCUGCAUCAUGUUUGCAUACGACAUUGUAUCGUAUGUGAAUGCUCCUGCCAGCUCCAUUUGGUCCUAUACUGCUAGGUUAGUCUGUCAAUCUGUCAGUCUGUGUACCACUCUCCUUAACCACCCUUUUCCUUCUCUCCAGCCAUCAAUGCCAACGCGUGUCGUGCCACAGGCCGAGGCCUUCAGCCGAAGGGGGUGAGGGUCAAGGAGGUGGCAGACUUCAAGGUCUUCACCAAGGGAGCCGGCAGUGGAGAGCUCAAGGUCUCAGUGACUGGACCAAGUAGAGCCGAGGAGCCAGUGAAAGUAAAAGACAUUGGUGAUGGUGUCUAUGAAUGUGAAUAUCUUCCUAACCAGACUGGUAAAUACACCGUCAACAUCACCUGGGGAGGACAGCCCAUCCCACACAGGUAAGAGCUUUCAAUAAGCUGUUGUAAAUGCUUAUAAAGGUGUAUAAAUGCUUAUUAAUUAUAAUGCUUUUUAAUGUUUUAUUAGUGUUUGUUAAUGAUUAAAUACUCAUUAAUAAUAGCAUAUAAACUAUUUAUAAAAGUUAUCAUAAUGUGUUACUUUACUACACUUCCCAAUGACCAGCACCUACAUAGUCUCCUCCAACAUACCCUCCUUUCCUGAGCUGUGUAGUUAUAAUCAUGACCUGUUUCUGUGUGUUUCUUCCAGCCCCUUCGAUGUGGAGGUGAGUGAGGUGGCAGGCCCUCAGAAUGUGAGAGCUUGGGGUCCUGGUCUGCUGACCGGCCGGGUGGGCAAGUCAGCUGACUUCGUGGUGGAGGCCAUCGGCACGGAAGUGGGAACUCUGGGUAAGCCAGGACAUGAGGGACAUGUGGCAUUAUGGGUAAUGUAGUUGAACAAGUAGAGUAAUGGAUUAGAUUACAGUAACAAAAUCAAACCUCUUUAGUGGAAUUUAUCUUUACAUUUUCUAAGAAAAGGCACACUACUUCUUCAUAGUCACAAGUUCAGUUGGUAUUCUAACAGGUGCAGAGGAAAAUUACCUAUAUGCCUCUUGAGGAUUGGGAGACUAAAGUCAAAAGUUCUGUCUCCAGGCUUCUCUAUCGAGGGUCCAUCCCAGGCUAAGAUAGAGUGUGAUGAUAAGGGUGACGGCUCCUGCAAUGUCCGCUAUUGGCCCACUGAGCCAGGUGACUACGCUGUCCAUGUCAUCUGUGAUGACGAAGACAUCAAGGACAGCCCCUUCAUGGCCCACAUCCUCUCUGCAACCAAUGACUGCUUCCCUGAGAAGGUUAUCUCCUCCCACCACUCCAGCCUAGCUCCACCGUUACAGGAGUAGUCUUUAUGACACACAAAAACACACUGAUGUACAAACAAACACACACACAUUUAAUCGUACCUCUGUGCACCUCGCAUUAAAGUGUACCUCUCUGCUGCAGGUGAAAGCUUUCGGUCCAGGCCUGGAGCCCACUGGGGUCAUCAUAAACAAACCAGCAGAGUUCACCAUCGAUGCCCGUGAGGCUGGCAAUGGCCAUCUGAAGAUCUACGCAAAGGAUACAGAGGGCGUCACGUUCGACAUUAAGAUCGCUGAUAAGGGAGACGGGACCUUCUUGUGUGUGUACGUCCCCACCAAGCCCAUCAAACACACCAUCAUCAUCACCUGGGGAGAUGUCAACAUGCCCAACAGCCCCUUCAGGGUGAGUAGGACCGACCCACUGGGAUCCUGUGUGUUAUUAAACCGCAAUAGCCCACUGAGCUAAGGGCAUUAGGUCAGGGACGGGGAGCCAAUGCAAGUCUUCAGGUCUCAGACAAGUUUACACAAGCCCAGCCUCUGUCUGAAUAACAUUGCGUGUGUCUGUGUGUAUAGGUGAUUGUUGGAGAGGGCUGCCAUCCAGACAAGGUCAAGGUGUAUGGUCCAGGAGUGGAGAAGACAGGACUCAAGGCCAACGAGCCCACCUACUUCACUGUGGACUGCGCAGAGGCUGGACAAGGUAUGUGUGUUAAUAGGAAAUACUACUCAAAGUGUUCUUCUGCUUGUUCCUGUAGAAGAACCCUGUAGGGUUCCAGGUAUAACCUUUUCACCCUGUUAGAACCCUUUUGAAACCCUUUCUUCCAUAGAGAAGGCAGUUGAGCAUUGUCUUGCACUUCUGCCAAUACCAACCUAACUUUAGUGCCUGCAACUGUAGAAGAUCAGAAAGUUAUUGAUACUGAUAGGCACAGUAUUAUGGGAUUUCUUCAUAAGUAGAUAUACAAUUAAUUACUAAUGUGUAUCUAUUGACCUCCAACAGGAGACAUCAGUAUUGGGAUCAAGUGUUCUCCAGGAGUGGUGGGUCCUGCUGAGGCUGACAUCGACUUUGACAUCAUCAAGAACGACAAUGACACCUUCACUGUCAAGUACACCCCCCUCAAUGCAGGGAAAUACACCAUCAUGGUGCUGUUCGCUGAAAAGGUGAGACUAAAACUACACUACCCAGGGUCCUUCAGUAGAGAGUUACUGUUACUAGGGACGUCAAACGUUCAGGCUGCUGCACAGACACUAUGGAGGCUCUAAUCUAGAGCGCCCAGUUAAAUUGUGUUUGAGAGCAUUUUUAAACUCUCUAAAUGGUUAAAUCAGUGAGAAAUAGAUGUCAUUGUUGCAAUAUUUUGUGAGUGGGCAACAUAUACUAUCAUCUUAAAUUGACAUGUUGAAUUAUUUUGCCAAUUACUGUGUAUUUUGCGCUUAUUUCCCUAAUGUGGACAUUUUGUGUUACUACCUUACACAACCUUGCAUUUUCACCUCAUAAAAUUGAGUGAAAUUACACAUCCUUUUUACCUCAGAUUGGUCAUGUUAGAAUAAAAGUUCAGUCAUCACGAUGACAUAAGAUUGAUUGCUUAAAACAGAUCAAUAUCUUUGGUUUUGUACCUUUGAUUUUGUCACAUGUGCUGGGAUGCGCAGGACUUGGGGCGGUCUCUCUAUAAAAGUUGCUGGCCACACACCAAUAUAUGGUUUUGACAGUCAAACUAUCAGUUAAAUAGCAGCCAACCGUUGUCACUAUUGAUAUCCUAUGCCGCGUCGUGAUAUGUUUAAGUUAACUAACAGAAAAAGUGGUCUGUUCCCCUUUCCAUGAUGGCAGCCUCCCGAAAUCAACAUCCGACAUUCUAAAAUAUAGAUAUAAGCCUUCUACAAGUUCUCAUCUAACCAACCAUGUAUAGGUUAUUCCAAGUUUCCGUGUGGCCUUUGAAUAGUGUUAGUUUAAACAGCGCAACACCCCAAACGUUUGUCCCCUGUUCUAUAGAUUUCGGCGUGAUAUCGAUGGAAGUGAUUAACAAAAAAAAGUGUUGUGUUACACUUACCGGGUUGGCGACCCACUUGAAUACAAAUGCAACACUUCAAAAUGUAGCUAGCUGUCUUCUACAAAUUGUCCUCUAACUAACCAGUAAUGUACACAUUAUUUCCAGAUUCCGUGUGGUUUUUGAGCUGUCUUAGUUUUAACAGGACGUGCAACCUCAUCUACCCCCUCUAGCGCAGUUGAACUCAACGUGAUAUUGACAUGACUGAUUGACAAAUAAGUGUUGCAUUUCUCUUUCCGUUUUGGCGAUCCCAAAUCAAAAUGCAUCACUCCAAAAUGUAGCUGACUGUCGUCUGCAGAUUGUUCUCUAACCAGUGAUGUAAAAAAUAUCUCCAGUUUCUAUGUUUUUUUUUAGUUGUGUUAGUUUCAGCAACGCGUACAACCUGAUUUCCCCCCUGAUCGAUAGGGUUUUUGGUGCGUGUGCAGUUUAUAAGGUGCUCGUUUACAAAAACACAAGUAAUAUGAUUACUAUUGUUGCACAUGUACUGUAUGUGUAGAUACUACAUUUUAUAUUUCAUUUUUCAAUAUAUCACGAACUGCUUUUGCAUAUUGGUUAUUAAUUUGGACAUGUUAAAACUUUGACAUUGGGCUAUUUAUCAAAAUGUCUUGUCAACAGGAAGUUACGUUUUAGGAAUAUAAAUUGAACUUUCAACAUUAAUUUCCAAUGGUAUUGUACUUAAGCAGUUAAAAACUGCUGAAUGAGUCCAAAGAUGUGCUACUAUUGAAGCAUUUUGAUGAUAUACCAGAAAUUACCAAAACGGGUUUGCCGUGCCUACUGUUACUAUGUGGUUUAGCAUUAGAACUACACUACCUGUGCUGGGGGAUUUUGAAGGAGUCAGGCGCAGGAGGGUAAAUCACAGAAUAACAGGAUUUAUUCCGGAAUACAGAGUACGCAGUAAAGCGUCAAAACAGUCCAGUGCACAAAACAGGCGCACUGGAACCAACAAGGCACACAGGGAAAAUAACCCGGCGAUACAAAAUACAAGGAGCUCCACCGAGCUUCACUAUCCUCACAAUAAACUAUCACACACAAAGACAAGGGGGCAGAGGGAACACUUAUACAGGUACUGAUGAGGGGAUAUGAACCAGGUGUGUGUAAUAAACAAGACAAAACAAAUGGAAUGAUGAGAUGAGGGGCGGCAGUGGCUAGAAGGCCGGUGACGACGAACGACGAAGCCUGCCCGAACAAGGAGAGGAGGCAGCCUCGGAGGAAGUCGUGACACUACCAGUCAAAAGUUUGGACACAUCUAUUGAUGAGACAGCCUAUAGGGAGGAGGUCAGAGACCUGGCCAUGUGGUGCCAGGAUAACAACCUCUCCCUCAAUGUGAUCAAGACAAAGGAGAUGAUUGUAGACUACAGGGAAAAAAAAGAGGACUGAGCACGCCCCCAUUCUCAUCGACGGGGCUGUAAUGGAACAGGUUGAGAGCUUCAAGUUCCUUAGUGUCCACAUCACCAACAAACUAUCAUUGUCCAAACACACCAAGACAGUCGUGAAGAGGGCACGACAAAGCCUAUUCCCCCUCAGGAGACUGAAAAGAUUUGGCAUUGGUCCUCAGAUCCUCAAAAUGUUCUACAGCUGCACCAUCGAGAGCAUCCUGACUGGUUGCUUCACUGUCUGGUAUGGCAACUGCUCGGCCUCCUACCGCAAGGCACUACAGAGGGUAGUGCUUACGGCCCAGUACAUCACUGGGUCCAAGAUUCCUGCCAUCCAGGACCUCUAUACCAGGCGGUGUCAGAGGAAGGCCCUAAAAUGUGUCAAAGGUUCCAGCUACCCUAGUCAUAGACUGUUCUCUCUGCUACCACACUGCGGUACUGGAGCACCAAGUCUAGGUCCAAAAGGCUUCUUAACAGCUUCUACCCCCAAGCCAUAGGACUCCUGAACAGCUAAUCAUGGCUACCUGGACUAUUUGCAUUGCCCCCCCCCCCCCCCCCCCCCCCCCCCCCCCUCUUUUACGCUGCUGCUACUCUGUUUAUUAUCUAUGCAUAGUCACUUUUACUCUACCCACAUGCACAUAUUACCUCAAUUACCUCGACUAACCGGUGCCCCCGCACAUUGGCUCUGUACCGGUACCCCCUGUAUAUAGCCUCCCUACUGUUAUUUUAUUUUACUGCUGCUCUUUAAUUAUUUGCUAUUUUAAUUUUUUACUUAUCUAUUUUUUACGUUGUUUCUUUUCUUAAAACUGCAUUGUUGGUUAAGGGCUUGUAAGUAAGCAUUUCACUGUAAGGUCUACACCUGUUGUAUUCGGCGCAUGUGGCAAAUAAAAUGUGAUUUUAUUUGAUUUUAUUUGAAUGCCAAAAGUGUGCAAAGCUGUCAUCAAGGCAAAGGGUGGCUAUUUGAAGAAUCUCAAAUAUAACAUAUAUUUUGAUUUGUUUAACACUUUUUUGGUUACUACAUGAUUCCAUAUGUGUUUUCAUAGUUUUGAUGUCUUCAUUAUUAUUCUACAAUGUAGAACAUAGUAAAAAUAAAGAAAAACCCUUGAAUGAGUAGGUGUGUCCAAACUUUUGACUGGUACUGUAUAAUAGUUCUAACUACUACUCCUUAAUGGCACAAAAGUUUCCGUAGUUGUGAUCUGUAUUCGAUUAGUUUUUGAGUUUUUAUUAAAAAGUGUACAGCAACAAAACCAUUCCAUAUUUGUGUUACAGGAAAUCCCCAUUAGUCCGUUCAGAGUGAAGGUGGAUCCUUCCCAUGAUGCUGGCAAAGUGAGAGCUGAGGGCCCAGGACUCAACAAGACAGGCGUGGAGGUGGGCACUCCGACCCACUUCACCAUCUUCACAAAGGGAGCAGGCAAGGCCAAGCCAGAGGUCCAUUUCACAGCAGCAGAACUGAAGGGAGAGGCUGUCAGGGACUUUGAGAUCAUAGACAACCAUGACUACUCCUACACCGUUAAGUACACCACUGUUCAACAGGGUCAGAUGACCAUCUCCGUCACCCAUGGAGGGGACCCCAUUCCCAAGAGCCCCUUCAAUAUUACUGUGGCUCCUCCUGUAGAUCUGGGAAAGGUCAAGGUUACAGGACUGGACACCAGUAAGUUCUCAACAUUGUACACAGUAACUUUAUAACAUAAAGCCCAAAAUGUAAUUAAUUUGAAAACUUGAUCUUGUUUUCUUAUUUUUUUCUCUUCUUCUUCGGACCAUGUACAUCUGACAUUGCCCUAGAUUAUAGCUAUAUACUGUAGCUAAUUCUUAUCUGCGAUGGUGUUGUCAAUAGUUUGAAUGAGUAGCUGUUAAAACUGAUGAAAAUAUGAUUUAAACGUGUUUGUUCUUGUUAUUUUACAGAGGUGGAAGUCGGCAAGGACCAAGAGUUCUACAUCAACACCCAGGGAGCCGGAGGACAGGGCGAGGUGGCUGUCAAGAUGACCUCACCCUCUGGCCGACCAAUCCCUUACAAGCUGGAUUCGGACACAGCCAAUGGCGCCCACUCGGUGAAGUACAUCCCCCCAGAGGAGGGGCCUUACAAGGUGGACGUCAGCUAUGAUGGCAACCCCGUCCCUGGAUCCCCCUUCGCUGUGGAGGGAGUGAUGCCUGCUGACCCAUCAAAGGUAAACGUGACCACAACAUUUGACCCUAUUAGCUUCAGUGGGAUCUGUUUUCAUGUAAGGCUCAUGAAAAGACAGUAACUGUCCGCUGACUGAUACUCUGAAAUGCAAUCUGAACUGAAGCUUAAUGAAGCAUUAUGGAUGUUUUUUGUCCUUAUGGUCACACAACUGGCAUCAACUUCUUCUUGCUUCUUUAUGAACAUUAUGAGUCUCUCUAACAUCUAUUAACUUUAUCCUUCAGGUGCGCGCAUACGGCCCAGGCCUGAAGGGAGGCAUUGUGGGUAAACCAGCCCUCUUUGCCAUUGACACCAAAGGAGCGGGCGCCGGCGGGCUGGGCCUGACUGUGGAGGGACCGUGCGAGGCUAAGAUCGAGUGCCAGGACAACGGGGACGGUACCUGCUCAGUGUCCUACCUGCCUACUGAGGCUGGAGAGUAUUCCAUCAAUAUCCUGUUUGGAGAGCAGCACAUCCCUGGGUCUCCUUUCAAGGCGGCUGUUAAGCCAUGCCUGGACCCCAGCAAGGUGAGAUGAGAUGAUGAGAUGACACUUUAUUGAAUAUACUUUAAGCCUUCGAUAUGCCUAGUUAUUGAUUUAUUGAUAUGCCUAUUUGUUUUGUGCGAUUUACUGAUGCACUGUUCAUGUAUUUAGGCCGAUUAUAUAUUUUUUAUAUUUUCAUUUUUCAUUGUAUGACAUCACAUUUUAGAUUGUAUGUAUGUUUCUGCAUAUGUAAAAAUAUCAAAUAAAUCUAAACCUCAACCUAUCCCUAAACCUACAGGUAACAGCCAGUGGUCCAGGCCUAGUGAAAGCCAAGGCAGGGGAACCAGCCUACUUCACAGUGGACUGCACCAGUGCCGGAGAGGCUGAGCUCACCAUCGAGAUUGUCUCUGAGUCCGGGGCUCAGGCCGAGGUCCACAUCCAGAAGACAGCCGAGGGGACCUUCUCUGUCACCUACAUCCCUCCUUUCCACGGCACACACACUGUCACCAUUAAGUACGGGGGUCAUGUGCUUCCCAAGUUCCCUGCGGUCAUCCAGGUGGAGCCGGCUGUUGAUACCAGCAGAGUGCAGGUCUAUGGACCAGGGGUGGAGCCCAGAGGUAAGGAGGAAUAGGUGUGGAGUGGUCUAUCUCUGCAUGCAUAUUGCCCUAGCCUAGGUAAAGUAGGCAAAGGCUGCUAUAGCUAAAGGCCACAAACUAUUUAACUAUAAUUUGGUAAAGGCCUCUACCUAAGACUAGCUAGCUACUAUACACAGUAGUUUACGAGCAAAACAAAGCAUAGCUUACUGAUAAAGGCCAUAUAGCUAAGGCUACUAUAGCAUACUGGCAAAAGAUACUAUAGCUAAAGUCUACUUUAGCUUACUGGAAAAGGAUACUCUACCUAAAACUACUGUAGCUAACAAUGACAUGCUAACAAUUACAGUCGCUAACCAUUUUCCCUACGAUCAUCUACGUCUAUAGGAGUCAUCAAGGAGGUUACCACUCACUUCAUUGUGGAUGCCCGCAAAAUGACCAAGAGCUGCGGUGACCACGUGAAAGCAUGCAUCAUCAACCCUUCAGGCACCAACACGGACACCUACAUCACAGACAAGGGAGACGGAACCUUCAGAGUGGAAUACACUGCCUAUGAGGACGGUAAGAACAUGUAGAAGAUGACAACUUUUCUGAUAGCUUUCUGAUAGCUAAAGUUAGGUUGCUUGGUAGGAUAUGUUUAGUAGCUAUCCGGCUCCAAGGACCAUAAAGUGACAAAGUAGAUGUACACAGCCCAUCACGUUACUUGUUCUUUCAUUCAGCUUUGUUCAACAAGGAAUCCUAGAAAAGAGUGAUAGAGAGAUAGUAUCAACAGGUGUUUGAGCGGAGGGUUCAUUUAGGACUAGAUAGAUAGAGUAGAUAGAGAGGGUAUAAAUACAGAAUGAGGCAGAGGAGGUGAUCUGAGGGGCUUAGAGAAGGGAGACAGAGAGGGGAGGUGGGUGUUAUAAAUAGAGUUAGUGCUGGAAUAGAACAUAACCUCAGGUAUGUAUGAUCUGCUCUGUCCUGCUCUGAGCCUCUUCUCUCAGAUACAGGAGUAAUGGCUAGCUGGAGGUAUUAAUAGAAGAAGCCCUGCACAAAAAGCUCUGACUGUGUCUUUGAUAGAUAUAACUUAAUUGCCCUGCACAGUAAAACCAGCUUGGCCAUCAUACAAAAUCAUGUACAGUAUAUCUGCCAUGAAAUCACCUGUAAUCAUGUGUAUCUGUCUAGUGAGAGCACACACACACAGCACUGUGAUAUAUUGAAACCCUCUGGUUGGUCUGUCUGUUCCAGGUAUGCACCUGAUUGAGGUGCUGUAUGACGAGGUGGCCGUCCCUAAGAGUCCUUUCAGGGUGUCAGUGGUGGAGGGAUGUGACCCCACCCGGGUCAGGGCCUACGGGCCAGGACUGGAGGGAGGACUCAUCAACAAACCCAACUGCUUCACCGUCGAGACCAGGUACAAUCACGGCCAAGGAAAAGAUUGCAUACACACAUUCUAUGUUUCUGAGCAGGUGCUGGGUAUCAAAUAAUAUGUGCAGCAAAUGCUAAAAAGAGACUGCACACUGCAAUCUAUGCUCCCAUGUGGUUUAUUGGUGACAAUGUUUCUAAACACAUUUUCUAGUUAAGCACAUAAGAACACAUGAUCACAGGCAAAUCAUUCACAAAUCCAAUGUCUUUAAAUUCUUCCAAUAAUGAGAAAGCCUUUCUGACUGUGCCUUCCCUAUGAAAGCAAUGUAAUUGAUGUGAAAUUACCAUUCAAGUUUAGCAUUGUCUGUGUUCUCUAGGGGUGCUGGUACAGGAGGCCUGGGCCUGACCAUAGAGGGAACGUCAGAGGCUAAAAUUACCUGUAAAGACAACAAAGAUGGCAGCUGCAGCGUAGAGUACGUUCCCUUCACACCUGGAGAGUAUGACGUCAACAUCAACUUCGGAGGACACCCCAUUCCAGGUAAUGCCUCAUACACAUACAAGUUCAAGUUUCAAGUUUUAUUAGUCGUAUGUACAGGAUACACAUGGUAUACAUCAAGGAUGGGCAACUGAUGGGGGUGGGGGCCACAAAACAUCUGAACUCAUCAUGAGGGGCUGCAGUAGCUCGCAGGUCUGCGUACCCACAUCCAUAUCCCCACAUGCAGUCAAAGCCGGCCAUAGCCUUUUGGGGGCCCUAAGUAAAAAAAAAAAAACAUUUUAGAGUGAAUUUCCUGCAAUUCUAUACAUGUUGCCAUGAGGCGCAGAGAAUAUAAUUGUUUUUAUUUCUUUUUUAUAAUUUCAUGCAAUUCUACUAAUUUUGCAAUGGGGUGGAGAGAAUAAUUAGCCGUUUAACAGCUAAUUUCCUGCAAUUCUACUAAUUUUGCCAUAGGGUGGAGAGAAGUGUUUGUAGUUUUGAUUAUGAUAUCUGAGUGAGAGUGACUAACUAAAUCGUUGGGGGCCUCCCGGUCUGUAAUUUUACCAUGAUUUCUACAAGUUUAGAUAGCUGGCUAGACAUUGGCUAAAUUGAGUGACUGUCAGUGACUAACAUAACAAUAGAAAAACUGUUGAUACACAAUCAAAUUUCAAAAUAGCACCUUGUGUAUUCUACUAUUCUAACUCUCAACAUUAAGUUGAGACCCCGACUGAGUUCCCCACCUGAUUUUUUAAAUAUAAAUACAGUACACUGAACAAAGUAUAAACGCAACAUGCAACAAUUUCAAAGAUUUUACUGAGUCACUGUUCAUAUAAAGAAAUCAGACAAUUGAAAUAAAUAAAUUAGGCCCUAAUCUAUGGAUUUCACAUGACUGGGAAUACAGAUAUGCAUCUGUUGGUCACAGAUACCUUUAAAAUAAAGUAGGGGCGUGGAUCAGAAAACCAGUCAGUAUCUGGUGUGACCACCAUUUGCUUCAUGCAGCACGACACAUCUCCUUCGCAUAGACAACUGUUGAUUGUGGCCUGUGGAAUGUUGUCCCACUCCUCUUCAAUGGAUGUCGAAGUUGCUGGAUAUUGGCGGGAACUGAAACACGCUGUCGUACACAUCGAUCCAGAGCAUCCCAAACAUGUUCAAUAGGUGACAUGUCUGGUGAGUAUACAGGCCAUGGAAGAACUGGGACAUUUUACGCUUCCAGGAAUUGUGUACAGAUCCUUACGACAUGGGGCCGUGCGUUUCAUGCUGAAACAUUAAUAAUAAUAAUAAUAUGCCAUUUAGCAGACGCUUUUAUCCAAAGCGACUUACAGUCAUGCGUGCAUACAUUUUUUUUAUUUUUUUUUGUGUAUGGGUGGUCCCGGGGAUCGAACCCACUACCUUGGCGUUACAAGCGCCGUGCUCUACCAGCUGAGCUACAGAGGAUACAUGAGGUGAUGGCAGCGGAUGAAAGGCAUGACAAUGGGCCUCAGGAUCUCGUCACGGUAUCUCUGUGCAUUCAAAUUGCCAUCGAUAAAAUGCAAUUGUGUUCGUUGUCUGUAGCAUAUACCUGCCCAUACCAUAACCCCACCGCCACCAUGGGGCACUCUGUUCACAACGUUGACAACAGCAAACCGCUCCCCAAACGACGCCAUAUCUUCUAUCUGCCCGGUACAGUUGAAACCGGGAUUCAUCCGUGAAGAGCACACUUCUCCAGCGUGCCAGUGGCCAUGGAAGGUGAGCAUUUGCCCACUGAAGUCGGUUACGACGUCGAACUGCUGUCAGGUCAAGACCCUGGUGAGGACGACGAGCACGCAGAUCAGCUUCCCUGAGACGGUUACUGACAGUUUGUGCAGACAUUCUUCAGUUGUGCAAACCCACAGUUUCAUCGGGUGGCUGGACUCAGAUGAUCCCGCAGGUGAAGAAGAUGGAUGUGGAGGUCCUGGGCUGGCGUGGUUACAUGUGGUCUGAGGUUGUAAGGCUGGUUGGACAUACUGCCAAAUUCUCUAAAACGAUGCUGGAGGUGGCUUAUGUUAGAGAAAUGAACAUUACAUUUUCUGGCAACAGCUCUGGUGGACAUUCCUGCAGUCAGCAUGCCAAUUGCACACUCACUCAAAACUUGAGACAUCUGUGGCAUUGUGUUGUGUGACAAAACUGCACAUUUUGAGUGGCCUUUUAUUGUCCCCAGCACAAGGUGCACCUGUGUAAUAUCAUGCUGUUUAAUCAGCUUCUUGAUAUGCCACACCUGUCAGGUGGAUGAUUAUCUUGGCAAAGGAGAAAUGCUCACUAACAGGGAUGUAAACAAUUUUGUGCGCAAAAUGUGAGCGAAAUAAGCUUUUUGUGCAUAUGGCCAAUUUCUGGGAUCUUUUAUUUCAACUCAUGUUUCAUGGGACCAACACUUUACAUGUUGCGUUAAUAUUUUUGUUCAGUAUAUAUAUAAUUUGUUUUGUGUGUGUAGUUUUGGGAAAUUGAUCCGCAGGUCUACAAAAGAACGGCCCACGAGUUGCCCAUCCCUGGUAUACACCGUCCAACGAAAUGCUUACUUGCAGGUUCCUUCACGACAAUGCAACAACAAUAAGAAAUAAUAAAAGAUAAGACUACUAACAUAAAGUGAAUGGCUCAGUAGAAUAGAAUAAACAUUUUAGCAUAAGUAUAAUACAGGGAGGAACUAUUGAUAGUCCAAUAAUUGAUAGUCCCCACAUAUACGCACAUACAGACACAUACGCUUACACACUGCAUGGAGAAGAAGAAGCAGAAUCAUCACGAGAAUACACGUUUCAAGUUUAUUUGCUAUGCAUAAUAAAUACAGUGAAAAUCUUACCCGAGCUCUCACGAUAAAAACACCAUAAAAACACAAUAUCCAAUACUUCUCAAUAUCUCUCUCUCCUACAUUAUUAUUAUUUAUUAUUAUUAAUAUAUUAUUAUUAUUACCUUCAUCCCUAUCAUCCUAAUAAAAAAGCUGACCUCUCUGUGACCUCGCUGUGUCUCUCUGUGUGUCUCCUGCAGGCAGUCCGUUCCGCGUGCCAGUGAGGGACGUGGUGGACCCCAGUAAGGUGAAAUGUUCAGGCCCAGGGUUGGGUGACGGAGUCAGAGCCCACGUACCUCAGAUCUUUACUGUGGAUGCUACACAGGCAGGACAGGCAAAACUGGAGGUCCAUCUCACAGGACCAUCAGGUAAGAGGAACUCUACAUACUUUACUCACGCAUGCACACGCUCAAGCAUAAAAAAACACCCAUAAACACACACACACAUACACAUGCAUGUUUGCAUACACUGACUUAUUUGAAGGUAGCUAAUCUGUCCUCUUUUCCCCAUAGGUUCAGAGCCUGUUGCUGUAAAAAACAAUGGUGAUGGUACACACACAGUCAAUUACACCCCAGUUCAGGAUGGCCCUUACACUGUGUCAGUUAAAUACGGAGACCAGGAGGUUCCUCGCAGGUGAGACAGACUGGACAAAACUAGAUUUACCAGAAACCCUUACUGUAAUAUCCUCAUUUACUUUUCUGUAGGCAAUUCAUACAUUUUCAUUAGGGUCAUGAAAUAUGAUUGUAUUUUUUCCCCCGCUCUCUCUCUCUCUCUCUCUCCAUCCACAGUCCAUUCAAGGUGAGAUCUCAGCCUGGUCAUGAUGCCAGUAAGGUUCGUGCCAGCGGUCCAGGUCUGGACAAGUCAGGUGUGCCCGCCAGCCUGCCAGUGGAGUUCACAAUCGAUGCCCGCGACGCAGGAGAGGGACUGCUCACUGUACAGAUACUGGUGAGUACAAUCCCCCCCCCCCCCUCCACACACACACACACACAUGCACACACCUCACACACAUUAACAUCCUCUCCCCCUGUAGGAUCCUGAAGGCAAGCCAAAGAAGGCUACCAUCUAUGACAACAGAGAUGGGACCUACACAGUGUCCUACGUACCAGACUCCACCGGCCCUUACACCAUCAUCAUCAAGUAUGGAGGAGAUGAGAUCCCCUCCUCUCCCUACCACAUCUCAGCCCUGCCCACUGGAGACGCCAGCAAGUGUCUGCUCACUGGUACACUUCUCCUUUUCCCUUCUCUUCUCUUUUAUCAUUUAUUUUAAAUAAUCUGACCAUUUUCUCUCUUCUUAUUUCCAGUGUCUAUCGGAGGACAUGCCCUGGCAUCAGGUCUGACUAAGAUGCAGGUGCACGAGGAGGCCAUCGUCUCUGUGGACGCAAAGGCUGCUGGGAAGGGCAAGGUGACCUGCUCGGUCACGACCCCAGAGGGGGUGGAGCUAGACAUGGAUGUGCAGGAGAACCGUGAUGGAACCUUCGACAUCUACUACACCGCUCCAGAACCCGGCAAAUAUGUCAUCACCAUCCGCUUCGGAGGACAGCACAUACCCAAGAGCCCCUUCCAUGUUACGGUGAGUACAUGUUAGUAACAUAGAUUUGUGUGUUAAUUAAUAUAUAUACUUUAUGUGGCGCUGAGCACAUAUGAACAUUUGAGUCAUUUCGCAGAUGUUCUUACCCAGAGCGACUCACAGUUAGUGCAUUCAUCUUAAGAUUCUGUAGCUAGUUGGGACAACCACAUAUCACAGUCAUAGUAAGUACAUUUUUCCUCAAUAAAGGAGGGGAGUGCGACGGGGGUGCUGAUUAUUUAAGAUACUCUUUCAAGAGGUAGGUUUUCAGAUGUUUUCAGAAUAUGGGUAUGGACUCUGCUGUCCUAGCUUCAGGGGGAAGCUGGUUCCACCAUUGGGGUGCCAGGACAGAGAAGAGCUUGGACUGUGAAGAGCGGGAGUUGUCAACCGUGAUGGAGAGGUCUUUGAGUGGGUAGGCCUUCCCCGGGAAGAAGAGCAGCUUUGUCUUGUCAAGGUUGAGCUUGAGGUGGUGGGCCGACAUCCAAGCUGAGAUAUCUGCCAGGCAUGCAGAGAUGCCUGUCGCCACCUGAGUGUCAGAAGGGGGGAAGGAGAAAAGUAGAUGAGUGUCAUCCGCAUAGCGAUGAUAGGAGAGACCAUGUGAGGAUAUGACGGAGCUGAGUGACUUGGUGUAUAGAGAGAAGAGGAGAGGGCCUAGAACGGAGCCCUGGGGGACACCAGUCGUGAGAGUAUGUGGUGCAGACACAGAUCCUCUCCACGUCACCUGGUAGGAGCUGCCUGCCAGGUAGGAUGCAAUCCAAGAGUGUGCAGAGACGCCCAGCCCUGAGAGGGUGGAGAGGAGGAUCUGAUCUUUCAAGGUGUCGAAGAAAGUGGAUAGAUCUAGGAGGAUGAGAACUGAGGAUAGAGAUUUAGCUUUGGUAGUGUGGAGAGCCUCCAUGACACAGAGAAGAGCAGUCUCGGUUGAGUGACCCGUCUUGAAGACUGACUGGUUAGGGUCAAGAAGGUCGUUCUGAGAGCGAUAGUGAGAGAGUUGGUCAGAGACAGCACGCUCAAGUAUUUUGGAAAGUUUUUGACGUCAAAGGAGUCGAGUGUUGGUUUCUUAAGGAGGGGAGCGACUCGGGCCAUUUUGAAGUCAGAGGGGAUGCAGCCAGUGGUCAGGGAUGAGUUGAUGAGAGAAGUGAGGAAUGGGAGAAGGUCUCCAGAGAUGGUCUGGAAAAGGGAGGAGGGGGUGGGGUCGAGCGGACAGGUUGUCGGGCGGCCGGACCUCACUAGUCGCAGGAUUUCAUCUGGAGAGAGAGGGGAGAAAGAGGUCAAGAAGUAGGGUAGUUCUGUGUGUGUGGGACCAGUGGACUCAAUAGGCUGAGUGAAUGAGGAGCGGAUGUCGUCAACCUUCUUUUCAAAGUGGUUGACAAAGUCGUCUGCAGAGACGGAGGGUGAGGAGGUGGAUAAUUAAGGAGGGAUGAGAAGGUGGAAAAUAGUUUCCUAGGGUAAAUUUAGAGUGAAAGAAAGUGGCUUUAACAGCGGAUACAGAGGAAGAGAAGGUAGAUAGGAGGGAGUGGAAGGAUGAUAGGUCCUCUGGAAUUUUAGUUUUCCUACAAUUUUGUUCAGCUGCCCACACCCUGUUCUGUAAGCUUGCAAUGAGUCACUCAGCCACGGAGCAGGAGGGGAUGGCCGAGCUGGCCGGGAGGAAAGGGGACAGUGCAAGUCAUAGGAUGCGGAAAUGGAGGAGACUAGGAUUGUAGAGGCAGAAUCAGGAGACAGGAGGGAGAAGGAUUUAGCAGAAGGGAGAGAUGAUAGGAUAGAAGAGGAGAGAGUAGUGUGAGAGAGAGCGAAGAUUGCGACGGCGAAAUACCAUCUGUCUAGGGGCUGAGUGGCUAGGUUAGGAGGAAAGGGAGACAGAAAAGGAGCUGGGUUGCAGUGAGAUUAGUAGGCAAACAGCCUCUAGUAAAGAUGAGGUCAAGCGUAUUGCCUGCCUUGUGAGUGGGAGAAGACUGGGAAAGGGUGAGGUCGAAAAAGGCAAGGAGGGGAAAGAGAGAGUUGGAAAGAAUGAAUCGAAGGCAGACGUCGGAAGGUUGAAGUCACCAAGUACGAAGAGCGGUGAGCCAUCUUCAGGAAAUGAGCUUAUCAAGGUGUCAAGCUCAUUGAAUAACUCUCUAAGGGCACCUGGUGGGCGAUAGAUCACAACAAUGUUAAGCUUGAGUGGGCAAGUGACAGUUACAGCAUGGAAAUCAAAUGAGGAGAUGGACAGGUGAGAGAGGGAGAAAAGAGAUAAUCUCCAAUUAGGAGAAAUGAGUAGCCCUGUGCCACCACCGCGACGACCAGAUGCUCUCGGACUAAGAAAGAAAACGUAGUCAGAUGAAGAGAGAGCAGCUAGUGUUGUCUGCGGUGAUCCAUGUCUCCAGCAGGGCGGAAAAGUCAAGGGACUGCAAAUCGUCAGUUCUAAACGCUGCCAGAGACCAGGAAUUCCACAUCGGUUGUGCGCACAGGGUACACUCAAUUAGAAAGUCUACAGGAAGAGGAGCGAACUGGGAUAGAAAAUACACACAUAGUUGGCAAAGUUACAAAAUAAAAUAAAUGAGAUCGUCUGAAAAUAACUAGGUAAGAUACUCAUUUUGUUUUACAUUUACAUUUUAGUCAUUUAGCAGACGCUCUUAUCCAGAGCGACUUACAGUUAGUGCAUUCAUCUUAAGAUACCUAGGUGGGACAACCACAUACAGUUGAAGUCGGAAGUUUACAUACACUUAGGUUGGAGUCAUUAAAACUCAUUUUUCAACCACUCCACAAAUUUCUUGUUAACAAACUAUAGAUUUGGCAAGUCGGUUAGGACAUCUACUUUGUGCAUGACACAAGUAAUUUUUCCAACAAUUGUUUACAGACAGAUUAUUUCACUUAUAAUUCACUGUAUCACAAUUCCAGUGGGUCAGAAGUUUACAGGUGUACCUGUGGAUGUAUUUCAAGACCUACCUUCAAACUCAGUGCCUCUUUGCUUGACAUCAUGGGAAAAUCAAAAGAAAUCAGCCAAGACCUCAGAAAAAUAAUUGUAAACCCCCACCAGUCUGGUUCAUCCUUGGGACCAGACUACGGUUUGCAACUGCACAUGGGGACAAAGAUCGUACUUUUGGAGAAAUGUCCUCUGGUCUGAUGAAACAAAAAUAGAACUAUUUGGCCAUAAUGACCAUUGUUAUGUUUGGAGGAAAAAGGGGGACUUGCAAGCCGAAGAACACCAUCCCAACCGUGAAGCACGGGGGUGGCAGCAUCAUGCUGUGGGGGUGCUUUGCUGCAGAAGGGACUGGUGCACUUCACAAAAUAGAUGGCAUCAUGAGGAAGGAAAAUUAUGUGGAUAUAUUGAAGCAACAUCUCAAGACAUCAGUCAGGAAGUUAAAGCUUGGUCGCAAAUGUGUCUUCCAAAUGGACAAUGACCCCAAGCAUACUUCCAAAGUUGUGGCAAAAUGGCUUAAGGACAACAAAGUCAAGGUAUUGGAGUGGCCAUCACAAAGCCCUGACCUCAAUCCUAUAGAAAAUAUGUGGGCAGAACUGAAAAGGCGUGUGCGAGCAAGGAGGCCUACAAACCUGACUCAGUUACACCAGCUUUGUCAGGAGGAAUGGGCCAAAAUUCACCAAACUUAUUGUGGGAAGCUUGUGGAAGGCUACCCGAAACGUUUGACCCAAGUUAAACAAUUUAAAGGCAAUGCUACCAAAUACUAAUUGAGUGUAUGUAAACUUCUGACCCACUGGGAAUGUGAUAAAAGAAAUAAAAGCUUAAAUAAAUCAUUCUCUCUACUAUUAUUCUGACAUUUCACAUUCUUAAAAUAAAGUGGUGAUCCUAACUGACCUAAAACAGGUAAUUUUUACUAGGAUUAAAUGUCAGGAAUUGUGAAAAACUGAGUUUAAAUGUAUUUGGCUAAGGUGUAUGUAAACUUCCGACUUCAACUGUAUAACAGGCAUGGGGGGGGUCUGGUGAGAGAGUGGUGUGGAGCAUUCUGGGGGACAAAACUAACAUUGGGUAAUCCUUCACUUAAUGUUUUAUAACUUGCUGUUAUCAUGUAUGAAUCUUUAUAAUGUCUUAUAAGGGUGUAACAACAUUUUAACUGACUCAAAAAGGCUGCAUUAAAGUUCAAUUUGUACUUUGUAUAGACAUAGCUUGCUAUAGUUACUCAUACAUGUAUGAUAUUAUAUUUUUGCUGACCAUCAUAUUUCUUUAUUUGCCCUUUUAGGCAACAAAGGAGCCCGUUGUCCAUAGGAAAGGCAUGGAUCAGUUCCGCCCUCUCAACCUGGUCAUCCCAUUCACCGUACAGCAGGGACCGAUCACAGGUACAGGGACUUUUCCGGAAUAUUUUCCAAAUUUCCCAGGUUUUCCCCAAAAAAAAACAGUUAAAGGAUUCCCUCUCUGCUUAUGCAAGGAUGCAAAAAUUCCUUCAUGAUUCCAGGAACUCUCCAUCCGGGAUUUGGGGGAAACCUUGGAAAUGUGGGAAACUUUACAGAAUUUGGUAAUCCUAACAGACACUCAUUAACACAUAAAACAGUACACAGGUACAGUUGAAGUCGGAAGUUUACAUCUUAGCCAAAUACAUUUAAACUCAGUUUUUCACAAUUCCUGACAUUUAAUCCUAGUAAAAAUUCCCUGUUUUAGGUCAGUUAGGAUCACCACUUUAUUUUAAGAAUGUGAAAUGUCAGAAUAAUAGUAGAGAGAAUGAUUUAUUUCAGCUUUUAUUUCUUUCAUCACAUUCCAAGUGGGUCAGAAGUUUACAUACACUCAAUUAGUAUGUGGUAGCAUUGCCUUUAAAUUGUUUAACUUGGGUCAAACGUUUCGGGUAGUCAUCCACAAGCUUCCCACAUCCUGACACAGCUGGUAUAACUGAGUCAGGUUUGUAGGCCUCCUUGCUUGCGCACGCUUUUUCAGUUCUGCCCACACAUUUUCUAUAGGAUUGAGGUCAGGGCUUUGUGAUGGCCACUCCAAUACCUUGACUUUGUUGUCCUUAAGCCAUUUUGCCACAACUUUGGAAGUAUGCUUGGGGUCAUUGUCCAUUUGGAAGACACAUUUGCGACCAAGCUUUAACUUCCUGACUGAUGUCUUGAGAUGUUGCUUCAAUAUAUCCACAUAAUUUUCCUUCCUCAUGAUGCCAUCUAUUUUGUGAAGUGCACCAGUCCCUUCUGCAGCAAAGCACCCCCACAGCAUGAUGCUGCCACCCCCGUGCUUCACGGUUGGGAUGGUGUUCUUCGGCUUGCAAGUCCCCCUUUUUCCUCCAAACAUAACAAUGGUCAUUAUGGCCAAAUAGUUCUAUUUUUGUUUCAUCAGACCAGAGGACAUUUCUCCAAAAGUACGAUCUUUGUCCCCAUGUGCAGUUGCAAACCGUAGUCUGGUCCCAAGGAUGAACCAGACUGGUGGGGGUUUACAAUUAUUUUUCUGAGGUCUUGGCUGAUUUCUUUUGAUUUUCCCAUGAUGUCAAGCAAAGAGGCACUGAGUUUGAAGGUAGGCCUUGAAAUACAUCCACAGGUACACCACCAAUUGACUCAAAUGAUGUCAAUUAGCCUAUCAGAAGCUUCUAAAGCCAUGACAUCAUUUUCUGGAAUUUUCCAAGCUGUUUAAAGGCACAGUCAACAUAGUGUAUGUAAACUUCUGACCCAUUGGAAUUGUGAUACAGUGAAUUAUAAGUGAAAUAAUCUGUCUGUAAACAAUUGAUGGAAGAAUGACUUGUGUCAUGCACAAAGUAGAUGUCCUAACCGACUUGCCAAAACUAUAGUUUGUUAACAAGAAAUUUGUGGAGUGGUUGAAAAACGUGUUUUAAUGACUCCAACCUAAGUCUAUGUAAACUUCCGACUUCAACUGUACCUGUAGAUAAUCUUACUGCUUCAGACACAAUGACACACUCACUUCCCUUUCCUGUAAUUUCCAGGUGAGGUGCGUAUGCCCUCCGGUAAGACGGCCCACCCCCACAUCACAGACAACAAGGAUGGGACCAUCACAGUUAAAUUCAACCCUACUGAGAAGGGUCUGCACGAGAUGGACAUCAAGUAUGAAGGAAACCACAUCCCAGGUACAGUACACUUCUGUCUGUCAAAACCAGAGGAGAAAACACCUUGUGUUAGCCUGUCUUCAAACUAAACCCAGACUCAAUGUAAGCAGUUAUGCUCAAUUAAGAGACUUUCUUAUGUUCAUAUUUCUACAAAUUUUUUCAGGUCAGGUUUUUAAACAGGCAUAUUUACGUAUAUGAACGUUAAAUAAACAUUGAUGAACAUUGAACAAACUUUUUUCUGUCUGUCCAUUCCUCCAUUAUCUCUCUCCCCCUCACAGGAAGCCCCCUCCAGUUCUAUGUGGAUGCUAUGAACAGUGGUCUGGUGACAGCGUACGGCCCUGGCCUCUGUCACGGCACCGUCAACAAACCUGCCACUUUCACCGUGGUCACCAAUAACGUUGGAGAAGGUACUUCCAAUUACUAUUUAUGCAAUUCUUUAUUCUUAUUUCAACCAAUACUUUUGUAACACAGUUAAUACUUUUUAGUAUUGACUUGUAUUUUUCCCGCUCUGUCAACAAUGACGGGAAAACAUUUCUCCAUCUAAUCCUAUGUAGACAGUUGAGUAAAACCCCAUCUCUCUCUCUCUCUCACUCACUCACUCACUCACUCACUCACUCACUCACUCACUCACUCACUCACUCACUCACUCACUCACUCACUCACUCACUCACUCACUCACUCACUCACUCACUCACUCACUCACUCACUCACUCACUCACUCACUCACUCACUCACUCACUCUCUCUCCCUCCUACCACCCCUACAGGUGGUCUGUCCCUGGCGGUGGAGGGUCCUUCUAAGGCAGAGAUCACCUGUAAAGACAAUAAGGGUGGAACCUGUAAUGUAUCCUACCUGCCCACCUCACCAGGAGACUACAAGAUCAUCGUCAAGUUUGACAACAAACACAUACCCGGCAGCCCCUUCACUGCUAAAAUCACUGGUGAGUGGGUCUGGACCAGAACACUCAGGGGUGUAUCCACAUACAGCCACAAUACCACUCAUACUUUCGCAGUGAAAUCAUUGGUACAUUGAUAAAUCAUAUGUGUUUUAGGGCGCUACAUAAAAUUAUAUUGGGAUGGUUAGUAAAGGGUUAGCAAAUGAUUUGUAAGUGUAAGUAAAUGGUCAGUCAUUGUGAGUGAAUGUUAGUAAUUGUUUUUCCAUGUUAGUAAAUAAUUAGUUAAUGGUUAGUAAAUGGUUUGUAAAUGGUUUAUAAAUGUUAUGUAGUUAGUAAAUGUUAAUAAAUGGUUUGUCAAUCUAUUUUCCAUUUCUCUCUAUCCAGGUGAUGAUUCUAUCAGGACGUCCCAGCUCAACGUGGGGACAGCAGCAGACUUGUCACUGAAGAUCACAGAGUCUGACCUGAGCCUGCUGACGGCUAGUAUCAGAGCUCCAUCAGGCAAUGAAGAGCCCUGUUUGCUCAAGAGACUUCCCAACAGACACAUAGGUGAGAUACUACCCACUAACCUGGCAUGAGCCUGUGAUUUUCAAUAACAUGGCUCUGGUGGGUAGAAUAAAUGGUUUGGUUUCCUUACUCUGAAGCAAAGUAACCUUUCUCGCCGUGUGAACCAUCAGUCUUGGGACUCUCGACAGACGGACAGAGAGCACUGAGUUCAACUUUCUGGAAGCAUAAAACGAUGACAGCAAUGUCAGAAUGUGUGAAUCCUUUAACUAAUCCCUGUUUAAAUACUCUGUUCCAAUAUCUACUUACACACUCCUUUCCUCCAUCCCUCCAUCCGCAGGUAUCUCCUUCACCCCUAAGGAGGUGGGAGAGCACGAGGUGAGCGUGAAGAAGAGCGGUAAGCACGUGACCAACAGCCCUUUCAAGAUCCAGGUUGGCCAGUCAGAGAUUGGCGAGGCCAAUAGGGUCAAGGCUUUUGGUAAAGGACUGGUGGAGGCCCACACCUUCGAUAUGGCUGAGUUCUUUGUGGACACUAGGAAUGCCGGUAAGGCUGUAGGAGCAUGUUAGCCAUAUUAAAGGAAAGAUUCACCCAUUUUGAAUGUUAUAGUUUUUGUGCAUCUCUGAGCGAUGUUCUAUCGAUUCCCAGGGUCAUUUCAAGUGUUCAGGUGUAUCUGAGCUAUUCGAUGUUCAAGCAGGCGGAGAUACAGCCGGGAUGACGAGUUUUGCAUCAACAUUCAAAAUGGGUGUAUCUUUCCUUUAAGCUAAUCUAACCCAUAUCUGCUAAAGUUCAUAGACAGAUACACCCAUUGCCUUACAUCUUUAGCUCUUUCUGCCCCCCCCCCCCCUCUCCUCACUCUCUUUCUCAGGUUAUGGUGGUCUGGGGUUGUCGAUCGAGGGUCCGAGUAAAGUGGAUAUUAACUGUGAGGAUGUGGAGGAUGGAACGUGCAGAGUCAGUUACUGCCCCACAGAGCCAGGCAACUACAUCAUCAACAUCAAGUUCUCUGACAAGCACAUCCCAGGUUAGUGUUUCCUUGUCUUACUUCAGUUCUGUAAAUUGAAAUAUGAUUUUAUGAAAAAUGUGUGAAAUUAGUAAAUGAACUUGGUUUAGGUGAGAUUGCAUUUCAUUAUCGAACAACAUUGUCAGUCACUGUUACCUGUGAUUUUUUUGUUGUUGCACCAAUUCCGGUUUCAGACCUCUCAUUGGCUGAUCCUCUGCCCCUACAGGAAGUCCUUUCACAGUGAAGGUGACAGGAGAAGGAAGGAUGAAGGAGAGCAUCACCAGGAAGAGAACUGCCCCCUCCAUCGCCUCUGUAGGCAGCGCCUGUGGCCUCAACCUCAAAAUCCCUGGUGAGCACAGCCUGGUGCGCGAUAUCUAAUGUUAAGGAAGUCUCUGGUUUUUGCUCACCUGAAUUAGAAUACCUCAUGAUAAGCUACAGACAGUACUAUUUACCAAUAGUUUUCAUCUAUAGAAAGAUAUGGUAUGGCAUAUAGAAGCAAACCGGAUGGACAUCAUGAAAAUGAUCGGAGAGGUUGAGGGUAGAGGAAGUUCAGGAGUAAAAACAAAAAAAAUAGAAUUAUUGUAAAAUUGACUGUGUCCAUAAAAUGUAUAUACAGUGGGGAGAACAAUUAUUUGAUACACUGCCGAUUUUGCAGGUUUUCCUACUUACAAAGCAUGUAGAGGUCUGUAAUUUUUAUCAUAGGUACACUUCAACUGUGAGAGACGGAAUCUAAAACAAAAAUCCAGAAAAUCACAUUGUAUGAUUUUUAAGUAAUUAAUUUGCAUUUUAUUGCAUGACAUAAGUAUUUGAUACAUCAGAAAAGCAGAACUUAAUAUUUGGUACAGAAACCUUUGUUUGCAAUUACAGAGAUCAUACGUUUCUUGUAGGUCUUGACCAGGUUUGCACACACUGCAGCAGGGAUUUUGGCCCACUCCUCCAUACAGACCUUCUCCAGAUCCUUCAGGUUUCGGGGCUGUCGCUGGGCAAUACGGACUUUCAGCUCCCUCCAAAGAUUUUCUAUUGGGUUCAGGUCUGGAGACUGGCUAGGCCACUCCAGGACCUUGAGAUGCUUACGGAGCCACUCCUUAGUUGCCCUGGCUGUGUGUUUCGGGUCGUUGUCAUGCUGGAAGACCCAGCCACGACCCAUCUUCAAUGCUCUUACUGAGGGAAGGAGGUUGUUGGCCAAGAUCUCGCGAUACAUGGCCCCAUCCAUCCUCCCCUCAAUACGGUGCAGUCGUCCUGUCCCCUUUGCAGAAAAGCAUCCCCAAAGAAUGAUGUUUCCACCUCCAUGCUUCACGGUUGGGAUGGUGUUCUUGGGGUUGUACUCAUCCUUCUUCUUCCUCCAAACAUGGCGAGUGGAGUUUAGACCAAAAAGCUAUAUUUUUGUCUCAUCAGACCACAUGACCUUCUCCCAUUCCUCCUCUGGAUCAUCCAGAUGGUCAUUGGCAAACUUCAGACGGGCCUGGACAUGCGCUGGCUUGAGCAGGGGGACCUUGCGUGCGCUGCAGGAUUUUAAUCCAUUACGGCGUAGUGUGUUACUAAUGGUUUUCUUUGAGACUGUGGUCCCAGGUCUCUUCAGGUCAUUGACCAGAUCCUGCCGUGUAGUUCUGGGCUGAUCCCUCACCUUCCUCAUGAUCAUUGAUGCCCCACGAGGUGAGAUCUUGCAUGGAGACCCAGACCGAGGGUGAUUGACCGUCAUCUUGAACUUCUUCCAUUUUCUAAUAAUUGCGCCAACAGUUGUUGCCUUCUCACCAAGCUGCUUGCCUAUUGUCCUGUAGCCCAUCCCAGCCUUGUGCAGGUCUACAAUUUUAUCCCUGAUCUCCUUACACAGCUCUCUGGUCUUGGCCAUUGUGGAGAGGUUGGAGUCUGUUUGAUUGAGUGUGUGGACAGGUGUCUUUUAUACAGGUAACGAGUUCAAACAGGUGCAGUUAAUACAGGUAAUGAGGGGAGAACAGGAGGGCUUCUUAAAGAAAAACUAACAGGUCUGUGAGUGUCGGAAUUCUUACUGGUUGGUAGGUGAUCAAAUACUUAUGUCAUGCAAUAAAAUGCAAAUUAAUUACUUAAAAAUCAUACAAUGUGAUUUUCUGGAUUUUUGUUUUAGAUUCCGUCUCUCACAGUUGAAGUGUACCUAUGAUAAAAAUUACAGACCUCUACAUGCUUUGUAAGUAGGAAAACCUGCAAAAUCGGCAGUGUAUCAAAUACUUGUUCUCCCCACUGUAGUAUGUAUAAGCUGGAUGUAGAGGCCUAAGCGUUGCUGUUCACUAGUUUACUACAAUUAGGGAAGGGGUGGUGGGGUUGGAAGAUAAUAAAGAGAAAUAUAUAUUUUUAAAGGAUGUGUAUGUGUAUGUAUGUAUGUGUAUGUGUGUAUGUAUAUAUAUAUAUAUAUAUAUAUGCAUAUAUAUAUAUAUGCAUAUAUAUGUACAUAUGUAUAUAUAUAUAUAUAUAUAUAUAUAUAUAUAUAUAUAUAUAUAUGCGAGGAAGAAAAAAAACAUAUGGGGGAUUGGAAGUGAUGCAGACAAUUACAUUGAUGGAAGUUACAAUUUAUCUGCAAUAUUAAAGCUGAUCUACCCCCUAAUCAAAGUGUUUUCAUCUAUAUGUUUCGUAGCUGUCUAUUUACCACCACAAACCGAUGCUGGCACUAAGACUGCACUCAAUGAGCUGUAUAGGGCCAUAAGCAAACAAGAAAAUGCACAUUCAGAGGCAGCGCUUCUUGUGGCCGGUGAUUUUAAUGCAGGAAAACUGAAAUCAAUUUUACCUCAUUUUUACCAGCAUGUCACCUGUGCAACUAGAGGUGACAACUCUAGAUCACCUUUAUUCCACACACAGAAACCAUAAUCAGAUCAUAACUCUAUUCUCCUGCUUCCUGCUUACAAGCAAAAACUCAAACAGGAAGUACCAGUGACGCGCUCAAUAUGGAAGUGGUCCGAUGAAGCGGAUGCUAAGCUACAGGAUUGUUUCGCCAGCACAGAUUGGAAUAUCUUCCGGGAUACAUCCGAUAACAUGGAGGAGUUUACCACAUCAGUCACCAGCUUUAUUAAUAAGUGCAUCGACGACAUCGUCCCCACAGUGACCGUACAGUACGUACAUACCCGAACCAGAAGCCAUGGAUUACAGGCAACAUCCGCACUGAGCUAAAGGCUAGAGCUGCCACUUUCAAGGCGCGGGACACUAAUCCGGACGCUUAUAAGGAAUCCCGCUACUACCUCCGACGAGCCAUCAAAUAGGCAAAGCGUCAAUACAAGACUAAGAUCGAAUCCUACUACGCCGGCUCUGAUGCUCGACGGAUGUGGCAGGGCUUUUAAACUAUCACGGAUUACAAAAUGAAAUUUAGCUGUGAGCUGCCCAGCGACACAAGCCUACCAGAUUAGCUAAAUGCCUUCUAUGCUCGCUUCGAGGCAAGCAACACUGAGCCAUGCAUAAGAGCACCAACUGUUCCAGACAACUGUGUGAUCUCUCUCUCCAUAGCCGAUGUGAGUAAGACCUUUAAACAGGUUGACAUUCGCAAGACCGCGGGGACAGACAGAAUACCAGGCCGCAUACUUAGAGCAUGCACUGACCAGCUGGCAAGUGUCUUCACUGACAUUUUCAACCUAUCCCUGACCCGGUCUGUAAUACCAACUUGUUUCAAGCAGAACACCAUAGUCCCCUUGCACAAGAACGCCAAGGUAAUCUGCCUAAAUGAUUAUCACCCUGUAACACUCACACAUAUAGCCAUGAAAUGUAAGAAUGCUGUUAAUUGACUACAGCUCAGCAUUAAACACCAUAGUCCCCUCCAAGCUCAUCACCAAGCUCAGGACCCUAGGACUGAACACCUCCCUCUGCAACUGGAUCCUGGACUUCCUGACGGGCCGCCCCCCAGGCGGUGAGGGUUGGCAACAUGCAUCCGCCAUGCUGACCAUCAACCCUCAGGGGUGUGUGCUUAGUCCCCUCCUGUACUCCCUGUUCACCAAUGACUGCAUGGCCAUGCACGACUACAAUACCAUCAUCAAGUUUGCAGAUUACACGCCGGUGGUAGCACUGAUCAUCAACAAUGAUGAGGCAGCCUAUAGGGAGGAGGUCAGAGACCUGGCAGUGGCAGUGUGGUGCCAGAACAACAACUUCUCACUCUACGUUAGCAAGACAAAAGAGCUGAUCAUGGACUACAGGAAACGGAGGAGCAAGCACGCCCCCAUCCACAUCGAUGGGGCUGAAGUGGAGUGGGUUGAGAGCUUCAAGUUUCUCGGUGUCCAAAUCACUAAGGAAUUAACAUGGUCUACACACACCGACACAGUUGUGAAGAUGGCACGACAGCGCCUCUUCCCCCUCAGCAGGCUGAAAAUAUUUGGCAUGGGCCCUCAGAUCCUCAAAGAGUUCUACAGCUGCACCACUGAGAGCAUCUUGACUGGCUGCAUCACCACUUGGUACGGCAACUGCUACAGAGGGUGGUGGGUAUAGCCCAGUGCAUCACUGGGGCCAAGCUCCCUGCCAUCUAGGACCUAUUUUAUUUUUAUUUUUUAUUUUACCUUUAUUUAACUAGACAAGUCAGUUAAGAACAAAUUCUUAUUUACAAUGACGGCCUACACCGCCCUAUGGGACUCCCAGUCAUGGCCGGUUGUGAUACAGCCUGGAAUCGAACCAGGGGGUCUGUAGUGACGACUCAAGCACUGAGAUGCAGUGCCUUAGACCGCUGCGCCACUCAGGAGCCAGGUGGUGUCAAAAAUUGUCAAAGACUCCAGCCACCCAAGCCAUAGACUGUUCUCUCUGCUACCGCACGGCAAAUGGUACCAUUGCACCAAGUCUGGAACCAACAGGAACAGCUUUUACCCCCAAGCCAUAAGACUGCUAAACAAACAAGACUGCAAAAUAGCUAAUCAAAUGGCUACCCGCUGCUGCUACUGUCUCUUAUCUAUCCUGUUGCCUAGUCACUUUAACCCUACCUAUAUGUACAUAGCUAACUCAAUUACCUCGUACCCCUGAACAUCAACUCGGUACUGGUACUCCCUGUAUACCAACCAUGGGGCGGCAGGUAGCUUAGUGGUUAAGAGCGUUGUUCCAGUAACCGAAAGGUCGCUGGUUCUAAUCCCCGAGCCAACUAGGUGAAAAAUCUGUCGAUGUGUCCUUGAGCAAGGCACUUAACCCUAAUUGCUCCUGUAAGUCGCUCUGGAUAAGAGCGUCUGCUAAAUGACCAAAAAAAAGGUUAUUUUUACUCAUUGUUAUUCUCUGUGUAUUUAUUCCUCUUGUCACUAUUUCAAAUUUUUUGUUAAAUUUUUUAUCUUUAACUCUGCAUUGCUGAAAAAGGACCCGUGAGUAAGCAUUUCACAGUUAGUUUACACCUGUUGUUUACGAAGCAUGUGACAAAGAAAAUUUUAUUUUAUUUUUAUUUUAUACAUGGUCACAAUGUGGUCAAGUAUUACUCUCAUGGUGCUGAAGUACCCCACAUUAAUAUUACCCCUAUCACUCGACUCUCAAUCAACUUUCAUACAGCUUUCGCUAGCUAGCUUAAAAGCUAAGCUAGCUAGCACGAGUCUUCAAGUAUAGCUGGCAUCUAAGACUAGCCAAGCACUAACCAUUCCUGCUUUCUCUCCACCAAUAGGAAACUGGUUCCAGAUGGUGUCAGCCCAGGAGAGGAUGACUCGCACAUUCACACGCAGCAGCCACACGUACACGCGCACGGAGCGCACAGAGAUCAGCAAAAUGCGGGGCGGCGAGACGAAGAGGGAGGUGAGGGUAGAGGAGAGCACCCAGAUGGGAGGACCAGGAGGAGCCAGUCCAUUCAGAGAUGUUUUUGGAGAGUUCCUGGGCAGAGAGAGUCUGGCUAGCUUUGCUGGGAUACCCGCUACAGUCACACCAGGUGAGAAUGAAUGAAGAAAAAAAUACUAAUUUACUAACACUCAACUGUUGUACUUGUUUUUCUUUUAUUGAUUUUACAGAUAGGGGCUAUAUUGAACAAGGUUUUACUUUCAAUGUCAUAAUCGAUAUGUGGUUGUUUUACCUACACUCUUUAAAAAAAAGGAUUACAAAAGGGUUCUUCAGUUGUCCCCAGAGGAGAACCCUUUUGGGUUCCAUGUAGAACUCUCUGUGGAAAGGGUUCUACAUGGAACCCAAAAGGGUUCUAUCUGGAACCAAAAAGGGUUCUUCAAAGGGUUCUCCUUUGCGGACAGCCGAAGAACCCUUUUAGGUUCUAGUGUACUUUAGUUGAAUGCACUGAUUGUAAGUUGCUCUGGAUAAGAGUGUGUGCUAAAUUACUAAAAUGUAAAAAGCCAGUCUGACCCCCUCUAUCCCUCGCUCAUCCCUCCUCUAGGUGAGACCGCUACCCAGGGUAGUAUGACGGCCCAGGUGACCAGCCCUGGUGGUAAAACAGAACAGGCAGAGAUCAUAGAUGGAGGGGACAGCACCUAUAGUGUCCGCUUCGUGCCCCAGGAGAUGGGGGCCCACACGGUCAAUGUGAAGUACAGCGGGCAGCAUGUCCCCGGUAGUCCCUUCCAGUUUACAGUGGGACCCCUGGGAGAAGGAGGGUCCCACAAGGUUCGGGCCGGAGGCACUGGGCUGGAAAGAGGAGUGGCAGGAGCACCAAGUAAGUAGCCUGACCUGACCUUCUCUGUCUCUGAAAAAAUAACACUUAACUGUUGUACAUGUCCUUUCCUUUACACUAACUAGCACUGAUUUUGCAUAUAGCACAUAUAUUUUGAAGAAUGUUUUACUUUCAAUAAGUUAUUUUUUACCUACUUUAGUUGAACCAGGUUUCAACCCGUCUCUCUCUCUCUCUCUCUCUCUCUCUCUCUCUCUCUCUCUCUCUCUCUCUCUCUCUGUCUUUCUCUCUCUCUCUCUCUCUCUCUCUCUCCCCCUCUCUCUCUCUCUCCCUCCCUCCCUCCCUCCCCGUAGCUGAGUUUAGUAUCUGGACGCGGGAGGCCGGUGCAGGCGGUCUGUCCAUCGCUGUAGAAGGGCCCAGUAAGGCUGAGAUCUCCUUUGAAGACAGGAAGGAUGGAUCCUGUGGGGUGGUCUACAUCGUACAGGAUCCAGGUGAGAUAGGGUACAAAAACCCCAUCCAGCUCCAAGGACCAACAAUUGAGCAAAGUAUUUGGACAGUGACACUUUUUUUUUUUUGUUGGGGGGGGGGGGGGGGGGGGGGGGCUCUUUACUCCAGUACUUGCAAAUUAUACAAUGACAAUGGGGUUAAAGUGCAGCCUGUCAGCUUUAAUUAGAGGGUAUUUUCAUCCAUAUCGGGGAAACUGUUUAGAAAUUACAGCACUUUUUAGGCAACCUAAAGUAUUUGGUAAAAGUAAAGUAUGUAUUAAAGUAGUCAAAAGCUUAGUAUUUGGUCACAUAUUCCUAGCAAGCAAUGACUCCAUCAAGCUUGUGGCUCUACACAUUUGUUGGAUGCAUUUGCAGUUUGUUUUGGUUGUGUUUCAGAUGAUUUUGUUCCCAAUAUAAAUUAAUGGUAAAUAAUGUAUUGUGUCAUUUUAGAGUCAUUUUAAUUGUAAAUAAGAAUAGAAUAUGUUUCUGAACAUUUCUACAUUAAUGUGGAUGCUACCAUAAUUACGGAUAAUCCUGAAUGAAUUGUGAAUAAUAAUGAGUGAGAAAGUUACAGAGACAUAAAUAUCAUACCCCACAAAAAUGAUAACCUCCCCUGUUAUUGUAAUGGUGAGAGGUUAGCAUGUCUUGGGGGUAUGAUCUUCGUGCCUCUGUAACUUUCUCACUCAUCCUUAUUGACGAUUCAUUCAGGAUUAUCCGUAAUCAUGGUAGCAUCCACAUUAAUGUAGAAGUGUCUAGAAACAUAUUAUAUUCUUAUUUACAAUAAAAGUGACUCCAAAGUGAAACAGUACAUUAUUUACCAUUCAUUUCUAUUGGGCACAAAAUAAUCUGAAACAAACCAAAACAAACUACAAAUGGAACUAACAAGUUUGUAGAGUCACAAGCUUGAUGUAGUCAUUGGGUGUUAGUAAUAUGGGACCAAAUACUAAACUUUUGACUACACACAUAAGUGAACGUCCAAAUACUUUUUGUUCCUUAAAAUGGGGGGAACAUGUACAUAAAGUGCUGUAAUUUCUAAAUGGUUCACCCACAUUGUAUCAUUUCAAAUCCAAAGUCCUGGAGUACAGAGCCAAAACAACAAAAAAUUUGUCACUGUCCAAAUACUGCUCUAAGAAGCUACAUAGCACUAGACUAGGCAGUAGGUGCUCUAAGAAGCUACAUAGCAGUAGACUAGGCAGUAGGUGCUCUAAGAAGCUACAUAGCAGUAGACUAGGCAGUAGGUGCUCUAAGAAGCUACAUAGCAGUUGUCCCCAGUUAGAGGGACGAGGACACAGCAAGAAACAAACACACCGACUACAAGGCGUCAGUCUUUCCCACAGCUUAUCAAUGAAACAGAUAAGCUCUCAUAUUCAGCAGAGACAAUGACAGCUAUUGAUUGGAUAAUACUAUACUGAAAUAUUUUUUUGUCAUUUACACCGUGUUUUUCUCCUUUCCUUCUCCUACAUUUCAAUAAUCUGAUCACUGUUAUUUUGGUCUCUAACUCCCUGGUUCCGCUGUGUGCCCUCAGGUGACUAUGAAGUGUCAAUCAAGUUCAACAACGAGCACAUCCCAGACAGCCCCUUUGUUGUUCCCAUAGCAACGCUGUCUGACGAGGCAUGCCGACUCACUGUCACCAGCCUGCAGGUAGGAACACACACAUGAACACACACGCACACACACACACACACACACACACACAAACAGAAUCACAGAAUUACUUAUUGUGUUAGAACACUCCUCACAAGGCCAUCAUUUAGCAUAACAAUAGUUGCUUGUUGGUCGGGCUUUGUUUGUCCUUGGAAGUGUAACUGGAGGCGUGGGCUGUAGCAGUAACCAAGGCUAUUUUAUUAUGUUGUUGUUGUUUAAUGGUGAGAGGGAUGAGAAGGAUCAACUGUCCCUCUUCUAAUAUGUGGGGUCUUACUCAUGGCUGACAGUAUUGCUCAUCACCCCCCAAUGGGACAGACAUUAACACCUUCUCCCUCUUACUCAUCCCGGGAAUCUCUCUACUUAUCUCCUUAUUGUUAUUUCAUAUACAAGAUGAGUCACAGUCCCACAAACACAUUCUACACACACAAGACAAGCUAACAGAGCUUUACCAGAUCCUGACCCUGUUUUUCCUUCCUCCUCCCCUCAGGAGAAGGACCUAAAGGUGAACCAGGAAGCGUCGUUCGCUGUGCAGCGUAACGGGGCAAGGGGCGUGGUCGAUGCUAAGGUCCACACCCCCUCCGGCUCAGCAGAGGAGUGCUACGUCACAGAGCUGGACAGUGGUAAGAUAGAAGGAUAGGUUUGGUAUUAGACCUCACAGUUAUAUGGUUCCUUACUCUGAAAGUAGUCUAUGGGCCAGGAGAGACUGUAAUUCACUACUCCUACCUUCAGCUAACUACAGCCACCACUAACCAAAAUUAAAUGGGAGAGAUGGGGACAAAUGUGUUACUUAAUGUUGAACAGUUGGCUGUAAAACAAAACAUGAACUUUAUACCAUUACCAUUAUAUGUAUUUAAUAUAUCUAAAUCACUCCUAUUCCCCAGACAAGAACGCAAUCCGCUUCAUUCCCCGUGAGAAUGGCGUGCACUCCAUCGACGUCAAGUUCAAUGGCAGCCACAUCCCUGGUAGUCCGUUCAACGUGAGGGUGGGGGAGGCAGGACAGGCUGGAGACCCAGGCAUGGUGACAGCAUAUGGGCCUGGACUGGAUGGAGGAUCCACAGGUACAUAUCUUCUCCUUAUCUUCUUACUCCCGCUGUACACAGACCCUCUGCUACUGACAACACAUGUAAUAAAUCAAAUCAAAUCAAAUGUUAUUUGUCACAUGCGCCGAAUACAACAGGUGUAGACCUUACAGUGAAAUGCUUACUUACAAGCCCUUAACCAACAAUGUAGUUUUAAGAAAAAUAAGUGUUAAGUAAAAAAUUGAUAAGUAAAAAUAAAACAAAUAGUCAAAUAGCAAAUAAUUAAAGAGCAGCAGUAAAAUAACAGUAGCGAGGCUAUAAACAGGGGUACCGGUACAGAGUCAAUGUGCGGGGGCACAGGUUAGUUGAGGUAAUUGAAGUAAUAUGUACAUGUGUGUAGAGAUAAAGUGACUAUGCAUAGAUAAUAAACAGAGAGUAGCAGCAGCGUAAAAAGAGGGGGUGGGGGUAGACAUUUGAUUAGCUGUUCAGGAGUCUUAUGGCUUGAGGGUAGAAGCUGUUAAGAAGCCUUUUGGAGCUAGACUUGCCGCUCCGGUACCCCUUGCCGUGCGGUAGCAGAGAGAACAGUCUAUGACUAGGGUGGCUGGAGUCUUUGACAAUUUUUAGGGCCUUCCUCUGACACCGCCUGGUAUAGAGGUCCUGGAUGGCAGGAAGCUUGGCCCCAGUGAUGUACUGAGCCCUACGCACUACCCUCUGUAGUGCCUUGCGGUCAGAGGCCGAGCAGUUGCCAUACAAGGCGGUGAUGCAACCAGUCAGGAUGCUCUCGAUGGUGCAGCUGUAUAACUUUUUGAGGAUCUGUGGGGUCUGUCAUCAAUGAUUAAUAUACAUACAGUAUAUUCAUCAUUGGUUGUAGUGACGUCAUUUCAACCAGUUUUGCCUGUUAUGAUGCUGUCUUAAAAUGAUGUAUUAUGAAUGCUAGGUCUCCUCACCAUGUAGUCUUUCUCUCUCCCUCUAGGUGUAGCCUCAGAGUUUGUAGUGAACACCUGUAAUGCAGGGUCGGGUUCCCUGUCUGUGACCAUCGACGGUCCCUCUAAGGUCAAGAUGGACUGUUCUGAGUGCCCCGAUGGCUACAAGGUCAUCUACACACCCAUGGCCCCUGGCAACUAUCUCAUCAACAUCAAAUAUGGAGGACCCAACCAUAUAGUGGGCAGCCCCUUCAAAGCCAAAGUCACAGGUGUGUGUUCGGUGUGUGACGUGUGUGUGCAGCUUGGCUGCCAGAGCUUGAUGAAAAGGAUGUUUGAGGUUUUUGGUAUAAAACGAGACACUCUGAAAAGUUAAAAGUUCCUAUAAAUUAUGUAAGGAAUACAAAGUAAAUAAAUAACAAAUUACGUAAAUGUUACAUAAAUAAUCAUUUUCUCUCAUCGGGAUUGUAAAUUGAAUAGUCACUGACUUCAAUGCUGAAGACUGAGUGCAUUCUCUGAAGCACUGGCAAAAUGGAGAAAAUAAGGCUAGAUGUGUUGUUGUGAAGUUACAAAGAAUCCCUCCGAGUAUGAGGAAUCUAUGCUGUAUAAAUAUGUUGAUAUGGGGAAUACAGUAGCCUACAGGUUGGCAGUGUUGUUCUAAGUAGCCUCCCACCCUCUCAUAAGAAACCCCCAUCCAUGGUGCUCUUGUCUGUACUGAGGAGGGGAAGUGUUAGGUUAUGUAAUGUCUGAUUUGAGUCGUGACUGCAGCUCUCCCUCCCUCCCUCAGGUACCCGUCUGUCUGGUGGUCACAGCCUUCACGAGACGUCCUCGGUCCUGGUAGAGACGGUCACUAAGACGUCCAAGGUGGCAGGAGCGUACAGUUCCUUGUCCUCCUCCUCCUCCAAACUGACCUCAGACGCCAGCAAGGUGGUGUGUCGAGGCGGCGGGCUCACCAAGGCUCUGGUCGGACAGAAGAAUAUAUUCAAUGUGGACUGCAGCAAAGCAGGUGAGAUGGACAGACUCGAGGAAUAGAUACACACACAAACAUGUAACACACACACACAUACACACCUCUAGUACCAUUCCUAACCCUCCCCUCCUCCAGGUACUAACAUGUUGCUGGUGGGAGUGCACGGUCCCAGGACCCCUUGUGAAGAGGUGUAUGUUAAACACAUGGGCAACCGCCUGUACAACGUCACCUACACUGUCAAAGACAAGGGCAACUACACCGUUAUCGUCAAGUGGGGGGAUGACAGUGUCCCUGGCAGCCCCUUCAAAGUAGCUGUGCCCUGA